AUGUCGACACAGGCGCCGACGUUCACGCAGCCGCUGCAGAGCGUGGUGGCACUCGAGGGAAGUGCCGCGCUGGAGGCUCAAGUCAGCGGUUCUCCGGUUCCUGAGGUGAGCUGGUAUGACGGUCAGGUUCUUUCCGCCGGCCUGCCCGGCAUCCAGAUCUCGUUCAGCGACGGCGCUGUCCUGAGGAUCCUUGGUGACCGCCACAGCGGGAGGUUUUCCAUCAGAGCCACCAACGGAGCGGGACAAGCCACGAGCACCAGGAGCUGCUCGUCACAGUGACGGGCGCCUCCCAACUUCCUCCAGCGGCUGCAGAGCGCAGCGGUGACGCAGGGCAGCCAGGUGAAGCUGGACGUCCGUGGCGGCAUCCCGGAGCCCGUGGUGAAGUUCUACAGAGCCGAGAUCCAGAGCUCGGCCGACUUCGGGAUCCUCCGGGAGGGAGACCUGUACAGCCUGCUGAUCGCAGAGGCCUUCCCAGAGGAUUCUGGGACGUAUUCUGUGACCGCCACCAACAGCAGUGGACGCGCCACCUCCACCUCCGAGCUGCUGGUUCAGGGUGAAGAAGCCGUCCCAGCAAAGAAGACAAAGACCGUGGUUUCAACCUCUCAGAUUUCACAGACACGUCAGACCAGAGUGGAAAAGAGGAUGGACGCCAGCUUCCAGGGCUCCACCAUGAUGGAGAUGCAUGUGGAGGGAGCCCAGCUCACUCAGCUGCUGGCUCACAAGACUCCCCCCAAAGUUCCUCCCAAACCCUCGUCCAAGUCCCCGACUCAGUCCUCGUUAGUGGCGAAGGUGUCCGGAGUCCGCCAGCAGUCGGCGUCACCUGUCCGUCAUGUGAAGGCACCAACACCCGUCAGGCCGGCCUCUCCCACUUCAAGACUCUCGUACUCCCCCAUCAGGCCGGUCAAGUCCCCCACCGCCGCACGCAAGCUGGCGGUGGCCGCCGGCGACGUCCUGCCGCCCUGGAAGCAGGGAGAGUUCACGGCAGAGGCCAGCUACACCAGCAUGAGCAGCAUGAGCAGCAUGAGCAGCAGCACCGUCACCCAGAUGGGCCAGCAGCAGCACUGGGAGCAGCAGGUCACCGGGGUCAAACAGGUGAUGGAGGCAGCAGCCGUACCUACGGGUGUCGCCGUGAUCCCGGCCACACUGGUGUCGGGUUUGAAGAACACAAACGUGACGGAGGGCGAGUCGAUGACCCUGGAGUGCCAGAUCAGCGGUCACCCCACGCCUCUCAUCCUGUGGUUCAGAGAGGACUACAAGAUCGAGAGCUCCAUCGACUUCCAGAUAAGCUACGAGUUCGGGUUCGCCCGGCUGGUGAUCCGCGAGGUGUUCGCCGAAGACAGCGGACGCUUCACCUGCACCGCCACCAACGAGGCGGGAACCGUCAGCACCUCCUGCUACCUGCUGGUCCAGGUGUCCGAGGACAUCGAGAGCAGAGAGGAGAUCGCUGUCGUCACCGAACAUGUUGAAACUGCUGAGAAACUAGAAACUGAAGAAGCCAGAGAGGAGAGCGUGUCUCAGGUGAGCGUGGCCGAGGUCGAUGCCGCCGCUCCCUUCUUCAUCAGGACGCCCACCGUCCAGAAGCUGGUGGAAGGAGGAAGCGUCCUGUUUGAGUGCCAAGUCGGGGGAAGCCCCAAACCUCACAUCAUCUGGAAGAAGGGCGGCAUCCCGCUCACGACCGGAUACAGAUACAAAGUUGCCUACAAGAAGGAGACGGGAGAAUGCAAGUUGGAGAUCUCCAUGACCUUUGCGGAUGAUGCCGGAGAAUACUCUGUCUUUGUGAAGAACCAGCUGGGAGAAGUCUCGGCCUCCGCCGUUCUGCUGGACGAAGACGAAUACGAAGUCUACAUGAAGAAACAGGAAGCAACCUUUACGACUGAAAUGACAGCCAUGGUGCAGGAGCCCAGAGUGGGAGACGUUCCUCCUGUGGUCAUUACGAGGAUGGAGCAGAUGAGCACUACCAUUGUCUCUGGACAGGAAUUCCAUAUUUCUUCCAUUGAGCAGAGGAUCAUGCACGAGAUUGAACUCUGCAUUAUGAGGAUUAGCUACAGAGAGAUAGUGACAGAGGACGGAGAGUUGAUGGUGACUGCUGACCCCAAUGAGGCCGUGCAGCCCGUCUUUGACACUCCCGUCAAGAACUAUAGGAUCAUGGAGGGAAUGGGAGUCACUUUCCACUGCAAGAUGGCUGGAAACCCACUCCCCAAGAUUGCUUGGUACAAAGACGGACAGCGCAUGAGGGCUGGUGACCAUUACCAGAUGGAGGCUCUUCAGGACGGGCGAGCCAGCCUCCGCCUGCCCGUGGUGCUCCCGGAGGAUGAGGGCGUGUACACCGCCUUCGCCACCAACAUGAAGGGAAACUCCGUCAGCUCUGGGAAGCUCUACGUGGAGCCGUCCGGAGUUGCGACACCUCAGAGGUUCACACCGCAGCCAGCGAUGCAGAGAAUCAGAUCCACAUCUCCUCGCUCUCUGAGCCGCUCACCUGGACGUUCUUCCAGUCGUUCUCCCGGACGUUCUCCGGCCCGCCGACUUGACGAGACGGACGAGGCUCAGCUGGAAAGACUCUACAAGCCUGUUUUCGUCCUGAAACCUUCAUCAUGCAGAUGCUCCGAGGGGCAAACUGCCAGAUUCGACCUGAAGGUCGUUGGCAGGCCGAUGCCCGACACAUUCUGGUUCCAUAACGGACAACAAGUGGUCAACGACUACACCCACAAGAUAGUGAUCAAAGAGGACGGUACCCAGUCCCUGAUCAUCGUCCCGGCCAUGCCACAGGACUCUGGAGAGUGGACAGUCGUCGCUCAGAACCGAGCCGGACGGGCGUCCAUCUCCAUCACUCUCACAGUUGAUGCUAAAGAAACCUUGGCACGCCCUCAGUUCAUUGAGAAGCUGAGGAACAUCAGUGUGAAGCAGGGCACUCUGGUUGAACUGGCCGUCAAAGCCAUUGGAAACCCCCUGCCUGACAUCGUCUGGCUGAAAAACAGCGACAUCAUCACCCCACACAAGCACCCACAAAUCAGGGUUGAGGGAACGAAAGGAGAGGCCAAAUUCCAGAUUCCUUCAGCAACCGGCCCAGACAGUGCCUGGUACACAGCUACAGCCAUCAACAGGGCUGGCCGAGACACCACUCGCUGCAGGGUCAAUGUUGAGGUGGACUAUGUUGAGCCUGAACCAGAGAGGAAGCUCAUUAUUCCCAAAGGAACCUACAAGGCCAAGGAGAUCGCCCCUCCGGAGUUGGAGCCCCUUCAUCUGCGGUAUGGCCAAGAGCAGUGGGAGGAGGGCGACCUGUAUGACAAAGAGAAGCAGCAGAAACCACAGUUCAAGAAGAAGCUGACCUCCAUCAGGAUGAAGCGUUGCGGUCCGGCUCACUUUGAGUGCCGACUGACUCCUAUCGGCGACCCCAGCAUGGUGGCGGAGUGGCUGCACGACGGCAAACCCCUGGACGCCGCUAACAGGCUGCGCAUGGUCAACGAAUUCGGCUUCUGCAGUCUGGACUACGGCCGCCACGCCAGAGACAGUGGCGUCAUAACCUGCAGAGCCACCAACAAGUACGGAGCCGACCAAACCUCGGCCACCCUGGUCGUCAAGGACGAGAAGGGUCUGGUCGAGGAGUCGCAGCUCCCUGAAGGCAGGAGGGGAGCACACCGUAUUGAUGAGAUGGAACGCAUGGCUCAUGAGGGAGGACCCUACGGAGUCACCACUGAUGACGAAUUUGAGAAGACCAAACCCGAGAUAGUCCUCGUUCCUGAACCAGCCAGAGUGCUGCAAGGCGACAUUGCGCGAUUCCGCUGCCGAGUGACCGGCUACCCACUACCCAAGGUCAACUGGUACCUCAACGGACAACUGAUCCGCAAGAGCAAGAGGUACAGGAUUCAUUACGACGGUAUUUACUAUUUCGAGAUCACUGAAACCAAAUCCUAUGAUUCAGGAGAGGUCAGAAUAGUAGCAGAAAACAACUUGGGCUCAGCCGAGCAUACCGUGAAGCUGGAGAUUCAGGAGAAAGAGGACUUCAGAACUCAUCUGCGCCGUGCCCCAGAGGGUAAGGCAGCUGAGGCCGCACCUGAACCUGGAAAAGUACAAUUUGACGUGGUGAAGACUGAGAAACCUGCAGAUGAUUCUUCAAAAGAGGUGGUCAAGCUGAAGAAGGCUCACAGAAUCAUCCACGAGAAAGCCACGGAGGAGUCGGACGAGCUGAGGGGAAAGUUCAAGCGCAGGACGGAGGAAGGCUAUUACGAGUCCAUCACCGCCAUGGAGCUCAAGUCACGUAAGAAAGACGAGUCCUACAAGGGUCUGCUGAAAAAAACCAAAGAGGAGCUGCUUCACCGCGCCAUGGCGAAGGAGGAGGCUGAGAGGAAGAAGGAAGAGGAACGCAAGGUCACAGCUAAAGCUAUGACACCAGAGAGGGUAAAGCUCUUAGCUAGCAUGGAAGCUCCGAAGAUCCUGGAGCGUAUCACCAGCCAGACCGUCGCACAGGGCGACGAAGUCAAGUUCAGAGUCAGGGUCGUCGGCAGACCCAAACCAGAGUGCCAGUGGUUCAAAAAUGGUGUUCUUCUGGAGAAGUCCCAUCGUAUUUCCUGGUUCUGGCCUGAGGAUAACGUGUGUGAACUGGUGAUCAGAGACGUCAUAGCCGAGGAUUCUGCGAGUGUCAUGGUUAAAGCUUCAAGCACUGCCGGAGAGACUUCAAGCCACGCUUUCCUGCUGGUGCAAGCCAAGACCGUGAUCUCCUUCACGCAGAAGCUGGAGGAGGUCAAAGCUAAAGAAAAGGACACCAUGGCGACCUUUGAGUGUGAAACCAAUGAGCCUUUUGUCAAGGUCAAAUGGCUGAAAAAUAACGUGGAGAUUUUCUCCGGAGACAAAUACAGGAUGCACUCAGACAGACAGGUCCACUUCCUGUCUGUGCUGACCAUCAACAUGAGAGACAACGCAGACUUCAGCUGCAUGGUUAUAGACGAGGACAUCAGCACAACUGCCAAGCUCGAUGUUGAAGGAGCUCCGUUGGAGAUCCUUGAGCAGCUGGAGAGCACCGAGGUUCCUGAGACGUACUCUGGAGAGUUUGAUUGUGUGGUGUCCAGUGAGGACGCUGAAGGCAGCUGGUUCUUUGGAGAAAAGCUGCUUUCUCAAAGCAGCAAAUACGUCAUGUCCUCCCGCCGUGGAAGACAUUCCCUGUCCGUAAAAGAGGUCAAGAAGGAGGACCAGGGGAAAUAUACCUUCAAAGUGGGAACUUUCAAGACAAGUGCAUCACUGAAAAUGAAAUUGCGCCCCGUGACCCUGAUACAGCCUCUGACUGACAUAACCAUCUGCGAGGGCGACAUCGCUCAGCUGGAGGUCAAGUUCUCCCAGGAGAACGUUGAAGGAACCUGGAUGAAGAACGAACAGCCGGCCACAGCCUCCAACCGUGUGCACAUCGUUGUCGACAAACAGAUCCACAAGCUUCUGAUUGAAGACACCAACAAGGACGACACAGGAAUGUACUCCUUUGUGGUUCCCGCCCAGGGGAUCUCCACCGCUGCAAAGCUGCUCAUUCAGACCAUUGGCAUCUUGAGCCCACUGAAGGACACUAGCGCCGUUGAGGGCACCAAGGCGGUCCUGGAGGCCAAGAUCUCUGCUCAGGACGUCAGCUCGGUCAAAUGGUUCCAUGACGACAAACAGCUGACGGCCAGCGACAGAGUCCAGCUGGUGGCAAAGGGAGCCAAGCAGCGGUUGGUCUUCACCCGGACCUUCGCUUCUGACGAAGGGUGCUACAAGCUGAUGGUCGGCCGUGCCGACACCAGCUGCAAAUUCUCCGUUCAGACCGUCCAGAUCCUGAAACCGAUCCAGGACAAGUCCUGCUCCGAGUCUGAGAAUGUCACGUUCGAUGCCGAGGUUUCUCACGCCGGCAUCGACGCCUUCUGGACCUUCAAGAGGCAGCCGCUCAAAGCCGGCGCCAACUACAAGAUGGAGUCCAAGAACAAGAUCCACAAGCUGACCGUCAUGAACGCAAUGAAGGACGAGGAGGGCGAGUACAUGUUCGCCGCCGGGGAGAAGAUGUGCACCGCUUCCCUCACCGUGUCAGGUGGCGCUAUCAAGAAGCCCUUGUAUGACUUGGUGGUGGCCAACUCCCAGACCGCGGUGUUGGAGUGCGAGGUGGCGAAUCCCACCACGGAGGGCAAGUGGCUGAAGGACGGCAAUCGCGUGGACUUCAACGAGAACACGCUGAGCGAGGUGACCGGGGCCGUGCGGCGCCUCGUCAUCGUCAUCACCAAGGCAACCGACGUCGGAGAGUACACCUACCAGGUGGCAACCUCCAAGACCUCAGCCACCCUGAAAGUGGAAGCUGUGAAGAUCAAGAAGACCCUGAAGAACCUGAACGUGGUCCAGACUCAGGAAGCCGUCUUCAGCCUGGAGCUGACCCACGAGGACGUGAAGGGAUCACAGUGGAUCAGGAACGGCGUUGAGAUGCAGCCCAGCGAUAAAUACGAGAUCACGACCGAAGGCACAGUCCACACCCUGAAGAUCAAGAGCUGCACCGCGCAUGACGAGUCGGUUUACUCCUUCAAACUGGGGAAACUGGGCGCCAGCGCCAGGCUCAACGUUGAAACCAUCAAGAUCACGAAGAAGCCAAAGGACGUGACCUCGCUGUUGGGCGCGACCGCCGUGUUUGAGGUGGGCCUCUCGGAGGACGACAUCCCCGUGAAGUGGAUGUUCAACAAGGUGGAGCUGAGGCCCAACGACAGCUACAGGAUGCUCUCCGAGAAGAAGAGCCACAAACUGAUCGUCCAGGACGUGGACGGCAGCAAAGAGGGAGAGUACACGGCCGUGGUGGGCCACCUCCAGUGCAGCGCUCGCCUCUUCGCCGAGUCCCUGCGGGUCACCAAACCCCUGAAGAGCGUCGAGGUGCCGGAGACCCAGCUGGCCGAGUUCGAGUGUGAGGUUUCUCACUUCAACGUGCCGUCCACCUGGCUGAGAGACGGCGUGGAGAUCCAGAUGAGCGAGAAGUUCAGGAUCGUGGUCCAGGGAAAACUGCACCAGCUGAAGAUCACCAACACCAGCAGGAACGACGCCGCAGAGUACACCUUCGUCUGCGGGAACGACCGCGUGUCCGCCACGCUCACCGUCAGCCCCGUCCUCAUCGCGACGAUGCUGCAGGACCUGAAUGCUCAGGAGAAAGAAACGGUCACAUUCGAGGUGAACGUCAACUACGAGGGAAUCACGUACAAGUGGUUGAAGAACGGCGUGGAGAUCCGGUCCACGGACCGAUGCCAGGCUCGCUGCAAACAGCUCACUCACACUCUGAGCAUCAGGAACGUUCACUUUGGGGACAGCGCCGAGUACACCUUCAUGUCCGGUUCUGCAGUCACCACAUCUAAACUCGAUGUUGAGGCCCGCGUGGUUGCAUUCACCAAAGACCUGAAGGACCUGAAGAUCACAGAGAAGAAGAGAGCAACUUUUGAAUGUGAGGUUUCUGAACCGAAUAUCCAGGUGAUGUGGAUGAAGGACAGUCAGGAGCUGGAGGUGUCUGACAGACAUAAAAUGACCUCAGAUAAUUUCGUGCACCGCCUAAUUCUGCCAUCGGUCCGCCUGGCCGAUGCCGGAGAAUACACCGCUGUGGCCGGGUCCAGCAUGUCCAAGGGGAACCUGGUAGUGGAGGGCCGCGACAUCAGGAUCUCAGAGCCCAGCAGCCGGGACGUCACCGUCGUUGAGAAACAAAGAGCCACCUUCGAGUUCGAGGUGAACGAGGACGACGUGGAGGGCCGCUGGCUGAGGAACGGGGCGGAGCUCCAGUUCUCGGUGGAGGAGCGGUUCAACUACGUCGCCAUCAGGAAGCUGCACCGCCUCACCAUCUCCGAGACCUACAGGAGCGACGCCGGAGAGUACACCUUCAUCGCCGGCAAGAACCGGAGCACCAUGAACCUGCUCGUCAGACUCCCGGAGCCUCCUCAGAUCGUCCGGCAGGUCGAGGCCCAGGCGGCGAUGUCGGGUCGGUCGGCCCGCUUCACGGUGCAGGUCAGCGGCCUCCCGAAGCCUCAGGUCAGCUGGUACAAAGAGUCCCAGGCUCUGGCUGCCAGCUACAAGUGCAAGUUCCUCCGCGACGAGGACGAGCACUCGCUGCUGCUGCUCGAGGUCCUCCCCGAGGACGCCGCCGUCUACAGCUGCGAGGCCAAGAACGACUUCGGAGAGGCGACCAGCUCCGCCCCUCUCACGGUGGAAGUCCCCAAGGUGGUUGAAACCGCGGCUCGGGUGACCGCUCCGGUCCUCAUCGCUCCCAUGCGGGACAUCCUGGUCUCAGCGGGGCAGCCGGCCCGGCUCCAGUGCUCCGUCUCCGGGGAAGAUCUGCGGAUGUCUUGGUUCCGAGGCAGCAGAGAGGUCCGGCAGUCGGACGUCUUCAGGAUGUCUCAGUCCGGUGAAACCUGCCAGCUGGACAUCUCCAGCGUUCUCCUGGACCACGAUGGAGAAUACUCGUGUGUCACCACCAAUUCUGCAGGAAUGGUCACGUGUGCCGCGACUCUGAAUAUCGACGUAACUGCAGCGGAGCAGGAACCCACGGUUCAGGUCCAGCAGGGAGUGAAAGCCUUCUCUAGCUCGGCCAUCACUGUGGAAAAGGAAACCCGGGACUCGUACUACAGCGGCCUCAAGUUACCAGAUAAAACCAGAGCACUUGAACUUAAGCCAGAGUCCAAAUGCUUCUCCAGCUCUUUGGUAAAGAAAAAAGAAAAACCAGUUUUCCUCAGCCAGCUUUCUCCAGCAGCCGUGGCUGUCGGAGAAACGGCCACGUUUACCGUCACGGUGUCUGGGUUUCCCAAACCCGCCGUCCGGUGGUUCCACAACGGGCAGGCCGUCGCCGGCUCGUCUGCGUACACGUUGGUUCAUGAGCGGGAUGAGUACAGCUUGGUCAUUCACACGGUCCAGAGGGAGUUUGAAGGAGAGUACUCCUGUACCGUCAGCAAUAGAUUCGGCCAAUCGAGCUGCACUUCUUAUUUGCAUGUUCAGGUGAAGGAGCCGGAGAAAGAGGAACAAGUUGACGUGAAGACAUUCGUCUCAACUGGAAAACCCCCAGAAUUCACUCAAACUAUUGAGUCUCUUGGGUUGUGUGAGGGAGGUGAGACGUUCUUCAGGUACAUGGUGACCGGAGAUCCUCUCCCUGAGGUUCAGUGGUUCAAAGGCAGCUCCCACAUUCAGACUGGUGGGUUCUGGAUCAUUGUGACCAACCCAAAUGGAUCAGGCUUUCUUAGUAUCCAGAGUGUCAAACCAGAGCACAGUGGCGUGUACACAUGUGAGGCCUCCAACCAACACGGAGAAGCCUCUUGUACCGCUGACCUGCUGGUGUUCAGUGAGAAAGUCCAGGAAGAGCAGACGCUAGUGAAGAAAACAAAAGGCUUGAACAUAUCCAUGACUGAACAAACCUCAGAAUCCAGACUCUACCAGAAAAGAACUCUGUCCGAUCAGAUGAUUUACACCAUCAGCACUGAGGACCGGCAGAUUAUCCCCAGCGAGGAGGUGGGAACCCUCCGAGAACUGGAUAUCUCUGCCGCCACCCUCCAUCGAGAGCAGCUCACCCACCAGGCGGCAGUUCUGCAGGCUCUUGAAAUUCAGGAGAGGGUUUCUUUGGCUCCCACUCAUCCACCUCAGGUCUCAGCUGUUCCAGUGAAACAGCUUCACAUGGCCACUUUCUUAUCUUCAGUCCAGGAGAGGCAGAAGAUCACCGAGCAGCACUCCGAACGCAUUCUCAGCCCUGAGGUUGUCGAACUCCAGUUGGCCGAAGAGAAGCCGUCUCAACUCAUGUCGGCCAUAUUUGAAGAGGUCCUCCCGCUCAGCACAGUGAGGGCCGAGGCCCUGACGGAUGGGGCCCCAGAGCUUGGGAACCCGUUGAACGAACCCAGGCAGCUUGUUAGUGGUCACCAAGUCGAGUCCACUCUGCCCAUCCUUGAUGCAACCUUAGGUGUCACCCACCGGCCCGAGGAAGAGAGGAGUUUCAGAGUCAAAGAGGGGGUGAAGAUGUUAUACUCGGCUCAGUCUGCAGGACAACUUCCAAUUACAGAAAGACACGCUGAGCCUCUUCCACCUUCAGAUGCAGCCACUAAGCCCCUGAUUGAGAAAGAGAAAUCAAAACCAGUGGUAGCACCAGUUAGUGAAACUAGAGUGGCUUUAUCCAAAGAGCAGACGUUUGAAAUACAGCGACCAGAGCAGGAGAGUAUCUGCCCACAAAAAGACAUGUUUUAUAAGUCAGCUAUAACUGCUGAAGAGAAAUAUGAACUGCAAGGUGAACAGGCAGGACAGCUUCCGAGCAUCGCACCUUCUGUGUGUGUGCAGCCUCAGCAAGAGGGAGAAAGACUCCUGAAUCUGCAAGUUAUCAGUGAUCAGGAUGUUCUACAGUCCGAGGGAAGGUUCAGCAGCGAGAAGCCCUCUACGCAGCAGGCAGCGGCGAGGAAGAGUCCCUCUUUGUUGCAUUCGGUGACUCAAGAAGAGCAGAGAACUGCGGUGUGCGAGGCAACCUCCGAGUUCUCAGGAAAGACCGAAGCUACGUCCGUUCAGUCGAAGAAAGAGUCGCCUCCGACCACAUACCUCCAGUCGAUUCAUUCGGUAUCGGUUCUACCAAAAGAAGGGAUCCUCAACAUCACUAAACCGGACCAGCAGAUGGCCACGCAGAAACGGGAAAAGGCGAGAAGGCAUGCAGCUACAUCCGAAGAGAGACGGGAGAUCACAGCAGAUUAUCACAAAGAUCUGGAUGUGUCGGUGACCGGGGUUCAGUCACAGCUUCGCACCGAGCCCAAGCCUUCCAGCAUCCUCACGGUCUCGUCCCAGACAAUGCAGUUGCAGAAGGAGAUACCUUUCUUUAGCGAUGUUAAGGAGCAGCGAGCGCUGGUCCAGAAAGAGGACUACUGGAACAUCCUGCAUUCUUUGAACGUCACAGACACGCACAGCCUCGAGGAGACUCACACCCGGAACCUAAAAGCUGAUGAGGAAUUCAAGUCUGAGCCAAAAGUUGAGCCUAAGAUACCCAAAAGAAUAGUGUUUAUAGAGGAGAAGGCAGUUGCCAAUGAGAGCUGUACUAUCUUAGAAGCCGCUGAGCAGGACUUUGCAGUCCAGAUCCAGGAAGGCCAGUCAGUCCGGCAGUCGGUGUUGCUUGAAGAGAAGCAGAUACUUAUGGGAGAGCAGUCAAGUGAGAUGCACACAUCUGAGGGCUCGACUGUCAACGUCGUGACGCAGGCUAAAGGCCUUCUGUUUGCUCAUGAGUCUCGGGACACUCUAACUCUCCCUAAAGAACUCAACUUUGUAAUUCAGAUUCCCAAACCGUCCAGUCUGAACAUCCGGCGUCAGCUCAGAGCCGCUCUUCAGUCUGCUGUGGCCAGCGACCAGCCGGUGCUACUGGCCGAUGUCGUUGGAGGGUUCCAGGCAGUCGAGGUUCAGGAGGUGACGGUUCAGAGAGAGCCCAAACGGGCCACUUCUACAUACCUGAUCACAACACCAGGAGCACCCAUGGAGAUCACUCUGUCUUUUGAAGGUGAAUACCCUCAGACAGCUGACCUCAGGUCAGAACUCCAGGUAGCUCUGCAUGCGAUGGUAUUCCAGGAGCAGCAGAGUCUCGCAUCGGAGCGACCGGGCACCUUGCAGAUGGACAAGCCUCAGAGAGGGCUGCUCAGCUCCGCGCCCACCAAAGAGGUGCUGGCGUCUGUGGUGGACACCAUGAUGGUGGCAGAGAGUGCAGUUGGGUUUCCUUCUGCUGAUUCUCAAUCUGCAGCCGUCAAAACUGAAGCCAGGACUUCCUUCCAAAGCGCUUCAGUUCAGAGUCGGUCUGAGAUCCGAGAGUCCAGGCAGGUGAGCAGGAAGACGGUCCGGUCAGAGAGGGAUGCCAUCGCUGCUGAAGUGACCACCGCGGUGCCUGUCGGUCACGUUGCUAUUGAGCAAUCUGUGGACAUCGUUGUCCACAGAGAAACCAGAGAGGAGCAUCUCUCAGAGGCGAUCAUGAUCAGCGAGUCCUCCGACACGCUGGUGCAUUAUCCCGCUGUUAUUGAUCCUCUGAAAGAUGUUUGCACUGAGAAAAAGAGCAAGGCCGUUUUUACUGCCACCAUUAAGUACGUCACGAAGGUAAACUGGUUUUUCAAUGGGCAAUUGGUGAAAUCUGGCAAAGAGUUCAAGUGUUCUAAAGACCACGACACAUACACACUGGUUAUCGACAAAGUUGUCAAGGCGAGGCAUCAAGGAGAAUAUGUUUGUGAGGCUGAGAAUGAAGCCGGCAAGACGACAACAUCAUCAAGACUCACCGUGGUCUCAAGAGUGAAACCGGUGUUCAGGCGCCGAUUGGUUCCAUUGGAGAUCAACAUUGGCAACACGGCCAAGUUUGAAUGUGAAACUGAAGACGCUCCGAAUGUGAGCUUCAAGUGGCUCAGAGAUGGAAACCCCAUCAAAGAGGGGGAUAAGUACAGGAUUAUCAGCCGCUUCGGCACUUCCUCUCUGGAGCUCCUGAGCCCAAACAAGGCCGACAAUGCUGAAUACACCUGCAAGGCGUCCAAUCAGCACGGCAGUGACGAAUGCUCCGCCUCUCUCAGUGUGACGGAACCCCCUCAGUUUAUCCAGAAACUUCCUGCCACUACCUUUGUGAAGAUGUGCGAGGGACAUCGUUUUGAAUGCAAAACCACCACCGCACACUCCCUGGACAUGUGCUGGUACAAAGACGACCAAAAGAUCAGCGACGGAGGCAACUACAAAACAAUGUUUGUUGACUCGACGGCGUACCUCCAGCUGAGCAGCUCCAGCUUUGAGGACAAUGGCGUCUACACCUGUGAGGCUCAUAACGAUGCCGGCAGCGCGAGCUGCAGCACCGUCCUCGCCGUCCAAGAGUCGCCGUCCUUCACGAAAACUCUGAGUCCAGUAGAGGGCAUUAAAGGGAAAGAUGGCAGCCUCCACUGUGAGAUGUCCGGCACUCAGCCAUUCCAACUCAACUGGUACAAAGACAAAAGGCCACUGAAGGAGACCAGGAAGUACAAGAUGGUCAGCGACGGCCACUCUGCCACACUUCACAUCAUGAAACUGGAGCAGGACGACGCCGGUGUUUACGAGUGCAGAGUGUCAAACAACGUAGGAAGUGGAACCUGUGACUCGACUGUUACCCUCAAAGAACAACCAGCGUUCGUCAAGAAGCUGUCCGAUGAGUCGGUGACAGUCGGUCAGCAGCUGACGCUGACGGCGACGGUGAAAGGCUCGCCGCCUCUGUCCGUGUCCUGGGUUCAGGACAAGGACCACAUCCUCAGAGAUGGAGACAACAGGAAGAUCACCUUUGAGGACAACGUGGUCACCCUUGUGGUGCCCACAGCCGACUCCACCUCAGCCGGCAGAUACACCUGCCAGCUGAAGAAUGACGCUGGAGUUGUGGAGUCUGUCUCCCAAGUGACCGUUCUUGAACCCGCUGAAAUUGUGGACAGCCCCGAGUCCUUGAACGUGAAGUCGGGAGACAACGCGAAUUUUGAAGUCAAAGUGUCUGGCUCACCAGAACUGAAAAUUAAGUGGUUCAAGGAUGACACAGUGCUGUCUUCUGGUACCAAGUAUCUGAUGUCCUUCUCAAAGAAGGUUGCCUCCCUGAAGAUCCGCUCCACUGAUAAAGCAGACGCUGGAGAAUACAAGAUGGAGGUCACCAACCAUGUGGGCACAGCCUCUUGUAUGACGAAGCUCUCUGUCUCAGAUAAAUUAAUUCCUCCGAGCUUCAUAAGGAAGCUGAGAGACACCCACCUGGUGGUGGGUAAGCCCGGUGAGAUGGAGUGUAAGGUCACUGGCUCUGCUCCUCUAACAACCUCCUGGUUCCACAACGGCCAGGAGAUCGACAGCGGACCAAACUGCGACAUCAGCUGCAGCGACAAUAGCUGCAAACUGAGCGUUCCCACCAUCGGGAUGUCCGAUUCUGGCAAGUACACGUGCAAAGCUGUGAACGCUGCAGGAGCCAGUGAGACGAGCGCCACCAUGAAUGUGACAGAACCUCCAUCUUUUGUGGAGACGCCUGAAGCGCAGGAAACUGUGCCCGGCAAGACCGUGUCUUUCUCGGCUCAAGUGAAAGGCAGCGCCCCCCUGAAAGUGAAAUGGUUCAGGGGAGCCAAGGAAAUGCAGCACGGGAGAGGCUGCGAGAUCGGCCUCAAGGAAGACGUCGCCACUCUGGUGCUUCACAAAGUGGACCGGACCCACGCAGGAGAGUACACCUGCCAGAUCAUCAACGAGGCGGGGAAGGAAAGCUGCCCCGUCAACCUGUUUGUGAAAGAACCAGUCCGCUUCGUGAAGAAGCUGAGGAACGUUUCCUCUGAGAAGGGGAAGCCUCUGACGUUUGAGGUCACGUUCGCUGGAACCCCCAGGGUCAACGUGGUCUGGAAGAAGGACGGUGACCUCAUCUUCGCGUCGUACCAGUACAACAUGAUCACAACAGACACCUCCUGCAUCCUGGAGGUUCUGAACGCCGACAGGUUGGAGGCAGCCGGCAGAUACUCCUGUGAAGUAGACAACGGGGUCGGAAGUGACCGAUGCGAAGCUCAAGUGUCUAUUCUAGAACGGCCAUACUUUGUUGAGAAGAUGGAGCCGGUGGAGGUCUCUGUGGGCGACGCAGUUACUCUGACAUGCCGUAUCUUAGGAACUCCCGACAUCUCCGUAGCUUGGUUUAAAUCCGACGGCAAGCUGCGCAAGUCCAACACUUGCUCGUUGGAUUUCUGCGACGGCGUCGCCACUUUGAAACUCCCUAAAACAACUAUCUUCGAUAACGGCGAAUACGUCUGCAAGGCGGAGAACCGGGUCGGCUCGGCCUCCGCCAGCUGCCUCGUGGGGGUGAAAGAGUGCAAAGUGCCUCCAAACUUCACCAAGACGCCUUCCGAGUCCAUGACGGGCACUUUGGGUCAGACGGUGAAGAUGGAGGGUCGGGUGUCCGGCUCCCAGCCGCUGGAGGUCACCUGGUACAAAGACGACAGGGAGAUCUACAGCGGCGACAAGUACGACGUGAGCUUCAAGAACAACACGGCGGCGCUGAGUGUCAAAGCCUCCAGCAGCUCAGAUGGAGGUGUUUACACCUGCACGGCGUCCAACGAGGCUGGACAGGCGUCCUGCCGGGUCUCUCUCUCCAUCACUGAAAGCAUCAAGGCUCCAAAGUUCGACGUUCUUCUGGAGCCGGUGACGGCCAGCGAGGGCGAGAAGCUGAGUCUCAAAUGCAUCGUUAGCGGCUCUCCUCCUUUGACCGUCCAAUGGAUGAAGGACAGGAGGGAGCUGAGGUCCAGCGGAAACACCAAAAUCACAUUAGUAGGAGGGGCGGCGUGUCUGGAGGUCAGCGCGGUGUCCAAGACAGACGCCGGGGAUUACCUCUGCAAGGCCAGCAACGCUGGUGGCAGCGACUUCUGCAAGUCCAGGGUCACGGUGAAAGACAAAGAAACCAAAGUCUCCUCCAGCAAGACCGCCUCCCCGGCCGCCGCCGCUCCGGCCGCCGCCGCUCCGGCCGCCGCCGCUCCGGUCAAAAAGCUUGACAACCUCUUCUUCAUUGAGGAAUUUCAAAACAUUUCCAUUACAGAAAAGGACACCGCAACCUUCAUCGCCAAGAUCGGAGGCGAUCCGAUCCCCAGCGUGAAGUGGAUGAAGGGCAAAUGGAGGCAGAUCACACCCGGCGGUCGCAUCUCCAUCGAGCACAAAGGCCAAGACGCCAAAAUGCAGAUCAAAGAAGUGACCAUGUCCGACGCGGGACUCUACAGGUGCGUCGCCACCAGCAAACACGGAGAGAUCGAGUGCGGCGCCGAGAUGGAGGUCACCAAGAAGGAGGAGAAGGCAGCGGGAGAAAUCAGGACGAUGCUGAAGAAGGCUCCCUCCAAGCAGAAGAGUCCCAAGAAAGAGGGAGACCUCAAUAUCGUGGAGCUGCUCCGAGGUCGCGAACCCAAAGAAUACGAGGGGAUCCUGCAAUCCCACGGCAUCCACGACUUCCGCACCAUCCUGCAGGCUGUCGAGUUCCUCAAGAGGGAGAAGGAGAUGGCGUCUGGAAAAGUGGAGGUGGAGCACGGCGGCCUCGUUGAAGAGGAGGACAUGGCCCGACUCAUGCAGCAGCUGGAGGGGCGCGUUGCCACAGAGCCCGUCUCCGUGAUUGAGGACAUCAGCGACCAGACGACGGCCGAGGACCAGAGUGCCUCCUUCGAGUGCCAGAUCCGGAUAAACUACCCGGAGAUCAGCCUCACCUGGUACAAAGGUACCCAGAAGCUGGACGCGGGCGACAAGUACGACAUCAGCAGCGCCGGAGACCUCCACUCUCUGCGCAUCAAGAGCUGCCAGGUCAAAGACCAGGGCAGCUACCGCGUGGUGUGUGGUCCUCACAUCUCCAACGCCAAGCUCACCGUCACAGCAGGCGGUUACUCGGCGGUCGCCCGGCCGGAGCCGAUGGCAGAAGCUGGGCGCUCCGCUCAGCUCCACGGGUCAGACAGAGAGGUGGAGUUAGGGAGCGCUCCUCAGGGCGAGCACCUUCUAGAAGCUCAGGUUACACUCGUGUGUGAGCGUGAGCUGACUCGAGCUGUUUGUGAACCUUCAGACGUCCCCGACUCGAGCCGCCGUGUUCCAGAAGCAGCUUCUCUGUUCGUUGGAGAGUCCUCCGAGUUGUAUCUCUAUGAAGAACGCACACAAGUGAAAGCAGCUCUGGAGGAGACCCAGACGAGAACAGACGGCCCCUCAGUUCCUGAGGUUUACAGGAGACCAGGGGAACCUGUAGCUCCGCCUCCCGUCACAGAAGCUGUAGUGAAGAAGCUGCACAGCGAGGACACCGUCAGCGGAGGAGCCGCUCCCGAAGAACCUUCAGUUUACGUGGAACCAGAACCGGAACAAGAGAAAGUGACGGUUCCCAGAAAGGUCACACCCGAACCUGGUCUACCGAAGACCAAAACGGUUCCCUCUGAGCCUGAAGCGGUUCCUCAGACGAAGAAGGCUCCUGAGCUGAAAGAGUCUGAAGUGAAGCCUGAACCUGCAAAGAGGAAACCAGCAGCCCCUAAAGAGACAGCACCACAACGACCAAAACCAGAAGAACCUGUAGUUCAGCCAAAAGCAGCCAAGGUUACUCCCUCAAGACCAGAACGUCCUCCAGCUAAAGUGCAAGAUGAACACAGACCAGAGGAGCCUGAUGUUCGUUCACCAGCACCACCACAGGUUACUCCACCCGAGUCUGAAGCUGUUCCAACUAAAGUGUCUCCUCCUCCGGAGAAGAAGCCAUCAGCACCAAAGCCUUCAGCUCCUGCUGCUGCAGCCAGAGUCGCUCCUCCUGCAGUUUCUCCCCCUGAGGAGAAGAAACCAUCUUCACCAAAAGCAAAGCUUUCACCUCCUACUCCUGCUGCUGCAGAGAAAGUUGCUCCUCCUGCAGCUUCUCGUCCUGAGGAGAAGAAGCCAGCUGCACCAAAGUCUUCAGCUCCGGCUGCUCCUGCAGUGUCUCCUCCAGAAGAAAAGAAACUGUCCCCAAAACCUGCAGCAGAAAAAGUUGUACCUCCUGCAGCUCAAGUUUCUCCGAUGGCAAAGAAACCGUCUCCUCCGCUGGUAAAGGCCCAACUGUCUCCUGUAUCAAAGAAAAUGUCUCCGCCUGAAGACAUGGAACCAGUUUCAGCACCUGGACCAACUAAAGCACCACCUCUUACACAAAUGGAUAAGAUCCCAGUUCAGGAAGCAAAAGACCCAGAAUCGCCUCAGAAGAAGAGUAAGUUCACCCGAGCUCCCAAAGAGAAGGAACCAGAACCAGAGGCCGUUAAGCUGAAGAGGGUUCCGGUGAAAGCUCCAGAGCCUGAGAGACAAGUCGUCACUCUUAAAGCAGAAGUGACGAGGCAUCAAGAUAUGGAGCUAACGGUUCAUGGACUUCAUGACAGAGACGAUCGAGAGAUAAUAUCUGUCGGUAGAACUGAGCGAGUCUUCACUGCAGAGGAGGGGAUGGUUCAGUUAGACUCUUUUGAGGAAGCUGAAGAGGUUACAGUUGUACAGAAAACCGAGAAAAAGGGAUGGACAAGAACCCCAAAACCACAGAAAGAGGAAGAACCUGAGGUUCCAAAGUUGGAAAAGAAGAAAAUAACUAAACUGCCAAAGGCCGAUGAGCAGAAAGAUUCAAACAAACUAAAACCAUUUGAAAAAUCAGGAAAAGCAGAAGAAGAAACGCUAAAGAUAAAGCUAAAAAAGGUGCCGACAAAGCCCAAAGAGCCGGAGAAGGAAGUCAUAACUCGUAAAGUUGAAGUGACGAGGCAUUACGAUACAGAAAUGACCGUUGAGAAACUCCACGAUCGAGAAAAUCGAGAGGUUCUCACACUUGGAAGAACUGAACGAGUCUUCACUGCAGCUGAAGAGGUACCUGAACUGGCUCACAUGGAGGAACCCGAGACCUCGGAGGCAGAAGAUGAGAAAUCAAGAUGGAUGAGAACUCCGAAAACAACAAAAGGUGAAGCACCUGAGCCGGAUUUAACCAAAAAGAAAAUAAAGAUGUUACCAAAGAAAGAGGAGGAGCAAGAAGCUGUGGCACUGAAACCAUUUGAAAAGCCUGAGAAAGCUGAAGAAGUUGAACCUGCAAAAGCUCAGAAAGAAGUUGAGGCGACGGCGACUGCUGAACGCACUCCAUUCAAGAGAGUUGAGACGCCACAGAGAGACCAACCAACCUCUGCUCUGAAACACAGGAAAGAUGAAGAUGCUCCGUUUACGAGUCCAAAGGUAACUCCUGACGCCAGCAAAGACCAGAAGGAUAUCCAACUAAAGGAAAAGCCUCCUCAGGGACCCAAAGAGGAGGAACCGACAGCCGUUGACAAGUUUUGCAGAAAACCUGAAGUUAUUGCGACAACAGAGAAAAAGAACGAGCAGAUCAUGUUAAAGCCUUUCACCAAAGUCACCCAGCCUGGAGAGAAGCCAGAUACAGUAGCUGAGGAAGAGAAACCAAAGGUACCCAGUCCAAGAGACGGACGUUCAAAAGAAGUGAAGGAGCAGCAGCUCAGGGAAGUUGAAAGAACUAAAAUGCCUCAAAAAGAAGAUGAGAAACUUCAGGAGAAAGGCGAGCCGGCUGGUCCACCCAAGAAGCCCAGUCCACCAGGAAGGAAACCAGUAGAGAAGGAGAUCCCACCAAAACAAACCGGCCUGGUGAAGGGUGUUGAACUCAAAAAGACUCCUUCGCCUCAAAUGCCGAAAGACGAGGAUGAAGAAGAGAAUCCCUUCAAACCUAUCGAGCAGCUGAAGAAGGUUGAGCUGAAGAAGACUCCGUCGCCCAAGAUCGAGAAGCCGAGACCUAAAGAACUUGAGCACGUCCCCGUUGAGAAGAAGCCAAGUGCUGACAGAUUAAAACGGAUUCCCAAAACGGUUUCACCAAAAGACUCGAAGGAAGCUGUGGCUCUCAAAAAGGUCCCGAAGAAGCCGUCACCAGAGGAGGCUGCAGAACCAGCGAAGCCCGGCAAAGGAAAGAUCCCCCUGGUGAAGGAGGUCUCUCCUGGAGCCGUGCAGAUGAAGAAGGUCGACACCCGGCCGGAGGAGGAGUUGGUCGAAGAGGAGGCUGAAGAAAGGGAAGGCGAGGAAGAAGAGGAGGCCUGGGGCUGGGAGCUGGUCCCCAACGAUGACUGGGAAAGCGAAGGGGUCGAUGGGGAGGUGCAGACUCCAGGAAUGCCUGUCGGCAAGCGAGAUGGAAAACCCAGCGAGGAACCGCCAAAAGGCCGAGGCCGGGGACUUGGGGCAGCGAGACAGACCCCAUCUCCUGGUGACGGUGGCCGGGGCCGCGGCCUGAAGCCCGGUGGGAAAGGCCCGUCGCCACCAGAGGAUCCCUUUGGAGGAUUCAAGCUCAAAGCCGUGCCCCUGAAGUUCAUCAAGAAGAUUCAGGACAUCGUGCUGCAGGAGGCCGAGUCCAUCGGCUCGUCUGCCGUGUUCGAGUGUGAGAUCUCGCCCUCCACCGCCAUCGCCACGUGGAUGAAGGAUGGCAGCAACCUGCGCGAGGACCCCAAACACAAGUUCAUGGCUGACGGCAAAGACCGCAAGCUGCACAUCAUUGACGUGCAGCUGUCCGACACCGGGGAGUACACGUGUGUGGCCAAGAACGCCGGCAAAGAAAUAACAUGCUCAGCCAAGCUCGUCGUUGAAGAGCUGCCUGUGAAAUGGCUGAAGGAACUGGAGCCGGAGACCUCCUGCAUGAAGGGUCAGCCCAUGUAUCUGACCUGUGAGCUGAACAAAGAGAGAGAUGUCACCUGGAAGCGCAACGGCGCCAACCUGAAGAAACAGGCCGGAAAAAUAGUCGUGAACAUCAUCGGAAUGCAGCACGCCUUGACCAUCCAGAACGCCACCGAGGACGACGCCGGCCUCUACUCGUGUGAGGUGGACGGACAGGAAGACGUCAAGACCACCACCAACAUCAAAGUGAUCGAAAUCAUUAAAGACUGGCUGGUGAAGCCUCUGCGGGACCAGCACGUGAAGCCCAGGUCCAAGGCCACGUUCAAGUGCGUGCUGUUCAAAGACACGCCCAACUGGAAGUGGUUCAAGGGAGACGCCGAGCUCACUCCCUCCGACAAGGUGGACAUCCAGAAAGAUGGAAAGGACAUGACGCUCACCAUCAACAACUGCCAGCCAGACGACGUUUCGGACUACACCAUCGAGGUGGAGGACCGCAGAUACGUGGCCAAGCUCACGCUCGGAGAGCGUGAAGCUGAGAUCCUGAAGCCGCUCUCCAGCGUGGAGGUCGUCGAGAAGGAGGAAGCCAACUUCGACACUGAAAUAACUGAAGACGACGUGGUUGGUGAAUGGAAGCUGAGGGGUCAGGUGUUGAUGAGGUCUCCGAGCUGCGACAUUAAAGUUGAAGGCCGGAAACGUUUCCUGACGCUGAAACACGUGCAGCUGGACCAGGCGGGCGAAGUGUCCUACCAGGCUCUGAACGCCGUCACCAGCGCCAUGCUCACCGUCAAAGAGAUCGAAAUGGGCUUUGUGGAACCUCUGAAGGACGUUUCUGUGCCUGAAAAGAAACAGGCCAAGUUUGAAUGCACGGUCACCAAGGAGGUGUCAAAGGUCAUGUGGUACAGGGGGGCGGAGAUCGUCACCCCGAGCCCGAAAUAUGAAAUCAUCGAUGACGGAUUGAAACACAUGCUGAUCUUAAACAGCUGUGAGUUUGAGGACGAGGCUCAGUACACCGUCGAGGUGUUGGGCCUCAGGUCGUCCGCCCAGCUGGCGGUGGAAGGCAUGAGGCUUAAAUGUGUGACGCCGCUUCAGGACCAAACGGUGAAAGAAGGUAAAGCGGCUCUGUUCGAGCUGGAGCUGACGCACGACAACGUGCCGGUGGUUUGGUACCGGAACGAGGUGAAGCUCCACGUGAGCCGCACGGUGCUCACGCACGUGGAGGGCAGGAAGCACACUCUAGAGAUGAGGAUGUUGACUCUGGAUGAUACCUGCCAGGUAAAGGCAGAGGCCAAAGGGAUUCACUCCACGGCAAAGCUGACUGUCAUAGAGGGCGACGCCCUCUUCCUGGUGAAGCUGCAGGACUAUACGGCCACGGAGAAAGACCAGGUGACUCUGGACUGUGAGUUGAGCAAAGACGUGCCCGUGGUCUGGUACCGCAGCGAGAAGGAGAUCAUCGCCUCCAAGAUGGUGGUCAUGAGGUCGGAGGGAACCCGCCGGUCUCUGGUCCUGACCCGAGUGGAGCAGAGCGACAAGGGGCAGUACGUGUGCGACUGUGGAACCGACAAGACCUCGGCCACCAUCAACAUCGAAGCUCGCGACAUCAAGGUCGUUCGGCCGAUUUACGGCGUGGAGCUUUUCGACGGCGAGACGGCUCGCUUCGAGGUGGAGAUCUCCGAGGAGGACGUCCACGGCCAGUGGAAGCUGAACGGGGAGGUCCUCAGCCCUUCUUCUGACGUCGACAUCAUCGAGGAGGGCGGCAAACACACGCUCAUCCUCUACAACUGUAAAGUCUCCAUGAACGGCGAGGUGGCGUACAGCGCCGCCAACGCCAAGUGCGCCGCCAACCUCAAGGUCAAAGAACUUCCUCUGAACUUCCUGACGGCGCUGAACGACGUUCAGGUGUACGAGAAGGACGAAGCGAGGUUCGAGGUGGAGGUGUCGAGGACGCCGAAGACUUUCCGCUGGCUCAAAGGUUCCCAAGAGCUGCAGAGCGACGAAAAGUACGAGAUGAUCCAGGAAGGGAACAUGUACGUCCUGCUGAUCCGACUGGCCGCCUACGAGGACGAAGCCAAGUACAUGUUUGAGGCUGAGGACAAGAGGACCACGAGCAAGCUCGUCAUCCAGGGUAUUCGUCUGGAGUUCGUGAAGCCCAUUAAAGACGUGACCGUGAAGGAGCGCGAAACCGCCGAGUUCAGCGUGGAGCUCUCCCACGACGAGAUCCCGGUGGUCUGGUUCAGGAACGACGUCCGCCUGCACCCCAGCAAGCUGGUGCACAUGUCGGACCAGGGCAAGGUCCACACGCUGGCCUUCAAGGAGGUCUCCAUCGACGACACCUCCAUGAUCAAACUGGAGGCCAUGGACAAGGCCGUGACCGCCAUGCUCACCGUGAUCGAGGGCGAUCUGUACUUCACCACCAAGCUGCAGAACUACACGGCCGUGGAGCGGGACGAGGUGAAGCUGGUUUGCGAACUCAGCAAAUCCACCGCCGACGUCAAGUGGUUCAAGGACGGGAAGGACAUCACGCCCUCCAAGACCAUCGCCAUCAGCACCGACGGCAAGAAGCGCAUCCUGACCGUCAGGAAGGCGGACAAAGCCAACAUCGGAGAGUACACCUGCGACUGCGGCUCCGAUAAAACCACAGCCAACCUCAACAUUGAAGAGCGGGACAUCAAGGUGGUCCGCCCGCUGUACAGCGUCGAGGUCACGGAGACGGAAACAGCCAAGUUUGAGACGGAGAUUUCGGAAGAGGACGUCCAUGGAAACUGGAAGCUGAGGGGAGACGCUCUGCACCAGUGUCCCGAUGUUGAGAUCAAGGAGGAAGGAACCAAACACAUGCUGAUCCUCUACAACGUCCGCUUGGACAUGGCCGGAGGCGUCGACUUCUCAGCAGCCAACGCCAAAUCCAACGCUCAGCUCCGAGUGAAAGCUCGGUCCAUCGGGCUGCUGCGUCCCCUGACGGACGUGACGGUGACGGCCGGGGAGACGGCGACCUUCGAGUGCGAACUGUCUUACGAAGGCAUCGAGGUGGACUGGUUCUUGGGGGGACAUAAGAUGGAGGCCAGCGACCGGGUGAAGACUCGUGUGGUGGGGAAAGUUCACGCUCUGACCAUCAGAGACGUCACGCUGUCGGAGGCCGGCGAGGUCAAACUCACCAGCACAGACUUCCAGACUCAGGCUCAUCUCAUCAUCAGAGAGCCGGCGGUGGAGUUCUCCAAGCCCCUGGAGGACCAGACGGUGGAGGAGGAGGCGACCGCCACGCUGGAGUGUGAGGUCUCCAGAGAGAACGCAGAGGUCCGCUGGUUCAGAGACGGGCAGGAGGUCAGGAAGACCAAGAAGUACGAGGUAGUCGUCAAAGGACGCAAGAGAGCGCUGGUGAUCCACGACUGCUCUCCGGACGACGCCAAGAUGUUCACGUGCGACGCCAAAGACUUCAAAACCUCCUGCUUCCUGGAGGUCACGCCUCCUCAUGUGGAGUUCACGAAGUCGCUGACGGACGUCGAGGUCAAAGAGAAAGAAUCUGCUAAGUUUGAAUGUGAAGUGUCUCGCGAAUCCGCCAAGGUCCGCUGGUUCAAAGACGGAAACGAGAUCAGGAAAGGAAAGAAGUACGAGAUCCUCGCUAAGGGGGUCCAGAGGACCCUCAUCGUGCACAAGUCUGUGUUUGACGACGAGGCCGAGUACGAAUGUGACGCCAGAACCUCCAAGUCCUCCGGCAUGCUCACGGUCAUCGAGGAGGCGGCCAGGUUCACCAAGAACCUGUCCAACGUGGAGGGCACGGAGACGGACAGCGUGAAGAUGAUCUGCGAGGUGUCGAAGGCCGGCGCCGAGGUCACCUGGUACAAAGGAGACGAGGAGCUGCCGGAGGGCGGCCGCUACGAGCACAUCCCCGACGGACGCAAGAGGAUCCUGAUCAUCCAGGACCUGAGGAUGGAGGACGCCGGCGAGUACAACUGCAGGCUGAGUCCCGCCGUCAAGACGUCGGCCACGCUCAAACUCAACGAGCUGGCGGCCGAGUUCAUCGCCCGCCCUCAGAACCAGGAGGUGGUGGAGGGCGAGAAGGCCGAGUUUGCCUGCUCCGUCUCCAAAGACACCUACGAGGUCAAAUGGUUCAGAGGGGACAAGGAGGUGGAAGCCGGGGACAAGUACACCGUCGUCAGUGAAGGAAAAAGGAGAGCUCUUAUUGUGAAAAGCUGCGAGCGGAAGGACGAGGGAGGUUACGUUGCCCACAUCGGCGGAGUGAAAGCCUCCGCCGAUCUGUUUGUGAUCGAAAAACUGAGGAUCAUCACGCCGAUUAAAGACACAGAGGUGAAGGAGGGAAGUGAGAUUGUGUUCAACUGCGAGGUGAACGCCGAGGGAGCGAAGGCCAAGUGGCUGAAGAACGAGGAGACGAUAUUUGAGAGCAGCAAGUACAUGAUGGCCCAGAGAGACAACGUCUUCUCCCUGAGGAUCAGAGACGCCCAGAAGGCCGACGAGGCCGACUACACCGUCAGCCUGACCAACCAGAGGGCGGAGCAGGCCAAGAGCGCCGCCGGCGCAAAAGUGUCCGAGGAAAAGCUGAAGUUCCUGGACCCCAUCGAGGAUGUGGAUACUCAGGAGAAGAAGACCAUCAGCUUUGUCUGUAAGGUGAACCGGCCCGAGGUGACGGUCAAGUGGAUGAAGGCCGGCCAGGAGGUGACGCUCAGCAAGCGCGUCGUCUACAGAGCCGACGGCCUCAAACACACCCUGACCGUCAAGGACUGCGUGAUGGAGGACGAGGGCGAGUACACCGCCGUCCUCGGCGACGACAAGUGCGGCGCCGAGCUGAUCAUCAGCGAAGCGCCGACGGACUUUGCGGCGCAGCUCAAGGACCAGACCGUCACGGAGUUCGAGGACGCCGAGUUCUCCUGCAAGCUGAGCAAAGAGAAGGCCGUGGCGAAGUGGUACAGGAACGGACGGGAGAUCAGAGAAGGACCGAGAUAUCACAUGGAAAAAGAAGGCAAGACGUGCAGUCUGACUGUGAAGGUGUGCAGACCGGAUGAUGAAUGUGAAUAUGCCUGUGGCGUGGAUGAGAGGAGGACCAGAGCCAGACUCUUUGUUGAAGAGACCCCGGUGGAGAUCGUGAGACCUCCUCAGGACGCGUUCGAACCUCCGGGCUCCGACCUGGUGUUCGAGGUGGAGCUCAACAAGGACCGGGUGGAGGUGAAGUGGAUGAGGAACAACAUGAUCAUCGUCCAGGGAGACAAAUACCAGAUGAUCAGCGAGGGCAAAGUCCACAGGCUGCAGGUCUGUGAGAUCCGACCUCGAGACCAAGGAGAGUACAGGAUCGUCGUCAAGGACAAAGACGCCAAGGCCAAGCUGGAGCUGGCAGCUGCUCCAAAGAUCAAAACCACCGACCAGAACCUGGUAACGGACGCAGGUAAGCCCUUCGUCAUGACCGUGCCGUACGACGCCUACCCUCGUGCCGACGCAGAGUGGUUCCACGAGGGCGCCGGCCUGCCCGUCCAGAAUAUCGACACCUCCGCCGACAAGACCGAGUUCCGCCUGAAGAGCCCCGGAAAGAUGGACCGGGGCCGGUAUAAGGUGGUGAUCAAGAACAAGCAUGGCGAGGGAGAGGCGUUCAUCAACCUGGACGUGAUUGACGUCCCCGGCCCCGUCAAGAACCUGAGGGUGGUCGACACCGCCGAUGGUGAGGUCAGUUUGGCCUGGGAGGAGCCCGAGAGCGACGGCGGAAGCAAGAUUGUCGCCUACGUGGUAGAGAGACGCGUCGUGAAGCGUAAGACCUGGGCGUUGGCUACAGACCGCGCUGAUACCCCAGAGUAUUGUGUCAGCGGCCUCCAGAAGGACUCCAAGUACCUGUUCAGAGUCUGCGCUCGAAACAGAGUCGGCAGCGGACCCAUCGUCGCCACCGAGGAUGCCGUCCAGGCCAAGAACAAGUUUGAUGUUCCGGAGGCUCCGGAGAACGUCGGCGUCGGCGGGGUGAACAGGUUCGGCGCCACCGUCACCUGGGAGCCUCCCAAGUCUGACGGCGGCUCUGAGAUCACCGCCUACGUGGUCGAGCUCCGCGACCGGACCGCCGUGAAGUGGGAGGCGGCCGUCGUCUGCGGCGCCGCCGACCGCUCGGCCACGCUGAGCGACGUGGUGGAGAACAAGGAGUACAUCUUCAGAGUCUGCGCCGAGAACAAGGCCGGUAUCGGCAAGCCCAGCGCCGCCACCAAACCCGUCCAGAUCAUGGAUCCCAUCGAGCGGCCGAGUCCGCCUCUCAACCUGAACUCCAGCGACCAAAUCAAGACGGCGGUCACGCUGACUUGGGAGACGCCCACCAGCAACGGCGGCAGCAUGAUCACCGGAUACAUUAUUCAGAAAUGCGACGCUGGCGCCGACAAGUGGGUCCGCUGCAACGCCAGACUGUGCCCCGACCUUUCCUACCGGAUGUCCGGUCUGAAACCCGGUCAGAAGUACGUCUACAGAGUCUGUGCUGAGAACGCCGCCGGCGUAUCCGAUCCAGCCGAGCAGCUGGGACCGCUUCUCGCCGACGACCCUCACGUUGGACCGACCUUUGACCUCAGUGGCUUCAGAAAUGGCCUGGAGGUUAUCGCCCCUCAGCCGCUCACCAUCAGGGUCCCCGUCACCGGAUACCCGACGCCCGUCGCCAAGUGGUCCUACGGCGAGAAGGAGCUGACCACCGCGGACGAGCGCGUCUCCAUGGUGACGAAGCCCGCGUACACGGAGCUGACCGUCACGCCGAGCGUCCGCCCGGAUAAGGGCACCUACUCCCUGACGCUGGAGAACGACGUCUCGUCCGUCUCCGGAGAGAUCGAAGUCAACGUCAUCGCAUGCCCUAGUGCUCCUAAGGACUUCAAGGUGGCCGAGGUCACCCGUCACCACGUCCACCUGAUGUGGGAGACUCCGGAGCACGAUGGUGGAAGUCCAGUCAGCCACUUCCAGAUCGAGAAGAGAGAAGUCUCUCGCAAGACCUGGGCCAAGGUGGCUACCGGCAUCCUGGAUCUGGAGCACACCAUCACCGACGUGGUUGAAGGAAAGGAGUAUCUGUUCAGCGUCACCGCCUGCAACAAGUGUGGCCCCGGAGAGCCGGCCUACAUCGACGAGCCCGUCAACGUCUCCUCUCCUGCCACUGUGCCUGAUCCUCCCGAGAACCUGAAGUGGCGCGAUAAGAGUGGAAAGAGUAUCUUCCUGUCCUGGGAGCCUCCAAAGUACGACGGCGGCGCCCUGAUCAAAGGCUACGUGGUGGACAAGUGUCAGCGCGGCACCGACAAGUGGGAACCCUGUGGUGACCCCAUCCCUGAACUCAAGUUCGAGGUGACCGGCCUGGUCGAGGGCCAGUGGUAUGCCUACAGGAUCAGAGCGAUCAACAAGCUGGGAGACAGCCGACCCUGCAGGGCCACCGAUGAGAUCCAGGCCGUUGACGCCAGAGAGCCUCCAGAGAUCCAGCUGGAUGUGAAGCUGCUGGCCGGUCUGACCGCCAGGGCCGGGACCAAAAUCGAGCUUCCGGCCGACGUCAAAGGAAAGCCCGACCCCCGGGUGAAGUGGACCAAGGCCGACCUGGUCCUCCGGGCAGAUGACCGCAUCGCCAUCGACACCCAGCCGGGACACUCCAAGCUGUCCAUAGGCAACACCACGAGGGAAGACACCGCCACCUACAUCAUCGAGGCGGUCAACCCCUGCGGCCGCGCCACCGCCACCAUCGACGUCAACAUCCUUGAUAAGCCCAGCCCUCCAGCCGCCUUCGACAUCUCGGAGAUCACCAACGAGUCGUGCCUCAUGGCGUGGAAUCCGCCCAGGGACGACGGCGGCUCGCCCAUCACCAACUACAUCGUGGAGAGCCGGCUGACGGACAAGGAGGAGUGGGUGAAGCUGUCGGCCACGGUGAAACACACCACUUUCAAGGCCUGCAAGCUCGCGGCUCUGAAGGAGUACGUCUUCAGGAUCAGCGCUGAGAACCAGUACGGCAUCGGUGCACCGGCAGAGCAUGUGCCCAUCAUUGCAAAGUAUUCCUUCGAUCCCCCGGGUGCUCCAACCAGAGUCACUCCCUCCGACAUCGCCAAGGACGCCGUGACUCUGACCUGGUUCGAGCCGGAUGAGGACGGUGGCAAUCCCAUCUCCGGAUAUUGGGUUGAGAAGUUCGACCCAGAGAGCGACAAGUGGAUCCGAUGCAACAAACUGCCCAUCAAGGACACAACCUUCAGGGUGAAGGGACUCCCCACCAAGAAGAAGUACAGCUUCCGGGUUCUGGCUGAGAAUCUGGCCGGACCGGGGAAACCGAGCGUGGAGACCGAUCCGAUCCUCGUCAAAGAUCCCAUCGAUCCUCCGUGGGCUCCUGGUAAACCCGUCGUCAGAGACGUGGGCAAGACCUCGGCGGUGCUGGCGUGGACCAGGCCAGAGCACGACGGCGGGGCGAAGAUCGAGGGCUACAUCAUCGAGUUCCAGAAGGCCGGGAGCGAGGAAUGGAUCCGCAUCGCAGAGGACGUUCCUCAGACCGAGCACCAGCUGCAGGGCCUGAUAGAGAAGCAGGAGUACUCGUUCCGGGUCAAGGCCGCCAACAAGGCCGGCGAGAGCGAGCCCAGCGAGCCCAGCGAGCCCGUGGUCUGCAAGGAGAGACUUUAUGUUCCGUCGGCUCCUCAGUGGCUGGAAGUGGCCAACAUCACCAAGACAAACGUCGACUUGAAGUGGCAGGCUCCCAGCAGCGACGGCGGCUCGCCCAUCACCAGCUACGUGGUCGAGAAGAGGGACGUGAGGCGGAAGGCCUGGCAGUCGGUCGACACCACCGUCAAGGAGCUGAAGUACACGGUGACCCCUCUGAACGAGGGGUCGCUGUACGUGUUCCGCGUGGCCGCCGAGAACGCCGUGGGCACGGGUGAAUUCUGCGAGCUGGAGGACGCCGUGCUCGCCAAAGACACUUUCACAACUCCUGGACCGCCUUAUGCACUGACUGUGGUGGAGGUGACCAAGAGACACGUGGAACUGAAAUGGGAAGCUCCCAAGAGCGACGGGGGAAGGCCCAUCACCAAGUACGUGAUUGAAAAGAAAGAGAAGCUGGGAACUCGCUGGCUGAAGUGCUGCAAGACUCCGGACAAACAGACGCAGUUCAAGGUGACGGACGUGGAUGAAGGCUCUGAGGUCCAGUUCCAGGUCCGAGCCGAGAACGAGGCCGGAGUCGGAGAUCCGAGUGAACCCACCGAGAUCCUCACCAUCGAGGAUGCAAGCAGCGCUCCAUCGCCUCCUCUGGAGGUGGCCAUCCCCGAUGCCAGCAGGGAGCACAUCAAUGUCACCUGGAAGCCACCGGCCAAAGAUGGUGGCAACCCAAUCACCGGCUACCACGUGGAGGUGGCCGAGGCCCGUCCCGAGCUGAAGUGGCUCAGGGUCAACAACAGGCCCAUCAAAGAGCUCAAUUUCAGAAUUGACGAUGGAAUCAAACCGGAGAAGAAGUACGUCAUCAGGGUCCGUGCCAUCAACUCCAUCGGCGUCAGCGAUCCCUCCGAGGUCUCUGAUAAGGUCUUUACCAAGGAUCCCGACUGUGCUCCCACCAUGGAUUUGGAGGGGCAGGACGUGGUCAUGGUCGAAGGCGAGAAGCUGCACCUGAACAUCCCCUACAGGGCGAUCCCCACACCCAAGAUGGUUUGGCAGAAGGACGCGGUGGAGUGCAAGGCGGACGACCGACUCUCCAUGACGGUGGAGAUGAGCAGCGCCCACCUGGAGCUGCUCAAGUGCACACGGGCCGACGCCGGCGCCUACGCCAUCACCCUGGAGAACAGUCUGGGAACCGCCACCGGGACCGCCAAUGUCAAAGUCAUCGGACUUCCCGGUCAGUGCAAAGACAUCACCUCCAGCGACGUCACCAAGGACUCCUGCAAGAUCAGCUGGGAAGCCCCGGAGGACGACGGCGGCACCCCGAUCGUCAGCUACACCCUGGAGCGCCGAGAAGCCUCCAAGAAGACCUACAUGCCCGUCACGUCGGGUCAGGACGUCCUGACCUGCACCGUCAAGGACCUCUACGUCAACUGCGAGUAUUACUUCAGAGUGAAGGCCGUCAACAAGGUCGGAGCCGGAGCACAUCUGGAGCUCCGCAACCCGGUCAUCACAGAGGAAGUCAAGCAGAAACCCGACCCACCCAUCCAGGUGGAGGCUCAAGACCCGACAUCCAAGUCCAUUAGAGUCACCUGGAAGGCUCCGGACUGCGACGGCGGUUGUCCCAUCCAGGGCUACAUCGUGGAGAAGAUGGAGAAAGAUGGCGACCGCUACGAGAGGGUCACCCCGAGCCUGGUUCCCGGAUUCUCCUACGUGGUGACGGACCUGAAGGAGGACGUGGAGUACCAGUUCAGAGUCCGAGCCGAGAACGCCGCCGGAGACAGCGAGCCGUCCCGCAGCACUCAGUUCAUGAAGGCUGCAGACCCCGUCGAAAAACCAAAGGUGACCCUCCACGCUCGCGUGCAGUCCGGUCUGUGCAUUAAGAAGGGCGAGGAGAUCCGCAUUGACGCCUUCAUCUCCGGCUCCCCGUAUCCCAAAGUCAGCUGGCUGAGGAACAACGAGGACGUCACCAAAAAGCCAGCCAAGAAGGUCGUCCCCGUGGUGAAGAAGAAGAAGUCAGGGGCCAAGGUUCCUGAACCAGAGGAGGAGUUUGUAACUCCGAUGCGUGAGCGUCUGGGUCUGGAUCAGACCCAGAGGGGUCAGGCUGCACUGGUGAUCCGCGAUGCCAUCAGAGUCGACCACGGAGACUUCACCAUCCAGGUGGAGAACACUCACGGCGUCGCCACGGCCUGCUGCGUCGUCAACGUCCUCGACAAACCCCGCGCUCCGAUCAACUUCACCUUCGACGAGAUCAGGAAGACCUCGGUGGUCUGUAACUGGGAAGCCCCGGAGGACGACGGAGGCUCCGAGAUCCUGAGCUACAUGCUGGAGAAGAAGGACAACCAGAACGAGGCGAUCGGCUGGAUCACCGUCACCUCCACGCUGAAGGGCACCAGCUUCCCCAUCACCAAGCUCAUCGAGGGGAAGGAGUACAUCUUCAGGGUCACCGCCGAGAACAAGUUCGGCAGCGGGCCGCCGUGCGUCUCCGAGCCGGUGGUCGCCAAGAACCAGUUUGAUCCUCCCGAUGCUCCCAACGCCCCGAGAGUCCACGAGGUGACGGCGAGCUCCGCCCGCAUCUCCUGGCACGAGCCCAAGGACAACGGCAGCCCGAUCCUGGGCUACUGGAUCGAGAGGAAGGAGGUGAACAGCAAACACUGGACCCGAGUCAACCGAGCCCUCCUGAACUCUCUGGAGGUGAAGGUCACCGGCCUCAUGGAGGGGCUCACCUACAUCUUCAGAGUGUGCGCCGAGAACCUGGCCGGGCCCGGGCCCUUCAGCGAGCCCACCGACCGCACCGUCGCCAUGGACGCCAUCCUGCCUCCUGGCCCCCCCACUCCACGGAUCGUGGACACUGGGAAGGACUCAGUCAUCGUGGCCUGGAAGCCCCCUCUGUACAACGGUGGAGGAGACAUCCUGGGCUACCACCUUGAGAAGGUUUUGGCCGGAGAGAAGGAGUGGACCCGCAGCACAGAAUUCAGGUGUAAGGAGCUGACGUACACUGUGACCGGCCUGACCGAGGGAGCCGAUUAUUACAUCCGCGUCAUCGCCAUCAACGACGCCGGACCUGGAGCUCCCGGUGUGACCGAACCCGUCACCGUCAAAGAGCCCGAAGAACCUCCCGCUGUGGACUUUGACUCCUCUGUGAGGAACGGCGUCAUCAUCAAGGCCGGCGAGCCGCUGAGGCUUCCCGCCGUGGUGACCGGCCGACCCCAGCCCGAAGUCAAAUGGGCCAAAGACGACGCGGAGAUCGACACAGAGCGUAUGGUCGUAGAGGCCGAGGGCAAGAACAGCGCUCUGUUCAUCAGGAAGGCCGUGAGGGCGGAUCACGGGAAGUACAAGAUCACCGGCACCAACGGCAGCGGGACAAAGACAGCGGAGACCCGAGUGGACGUGCUGGACGUCCCCGGGCCGGUAGUGGACCUGAAGACGGUGGUGGUGACCAAGAAGAACAUCACUCUCACAUGGGCCGACCCCUUGGAUAACGGUGGCAGUGAAAUCUUCGGCUACGAGGUGCUGAGAAAGGACGCCAAGAUGAAACUCUUCCGCCAGCCCAUUGAGACGGCGUCCUGCAAGUGCGACAUCCAGGGCCUGCUGGCCGGCGAGGAGUUCGACUUCAGGGUCAUCGCCAGGAACAAGUAUGGCGACGGAGCUCCGGCCGAUCUGGGACCCAUCCUGGCAGCGGACCCCAAAGGAACUCCCUCUGCUCCCCUGAAGCUGCACUACACCGACAGGAGCCAGAGCACCAUCACCUUGGCCUGGCUGCCACCUCAGACCGACGGCGGUAGCCCCAUCUUGGGCUACUACGUGGAGAAGAUGAGGGCGGAUGGCUCCGAGUUCGAAGUGGCAAACCGCAAGAUCCUCACAGAGUGCUUCGCAACCAUCGAGAACCUGACGGAGAACCAGGAGUACCAGUUCCGCGUCUAUGCCGUGAGCGAGGUCGGGAACGGAGAUAACUCCAAGCCCAUCACCGCCAAGAUCCAGGACGACGAAAUUUCUCCAGUUAUCACCAUCCUGAAGUUCUUCAAGAACAACGCCAUCAACGUGAGGAAAGGCACGGCCAUCGACAUCCCGGCGGAGGUGAAGGGACUUCCUCUGCCGACGCUCCGGUGGAUGAAGGACAACGUGGUGUUCGAGAAACCUGAAAACGAAGAGAAGAUGACGAUGGAGACCGAAGAGGUGACCCGGACCACUCUGAGGACUAAGAUCGCUUUCCCAGAACCCAUCAGGCAGGACAAGGGCAACUACAAGCUGGUGGCUGAAAACUGCUACGGCAAAGCGGAGCACGUCAUCCGGGUCGAGAUCCUCGACCGUCCUCUGCCUCCGAGAAACAUCGUGGUCUCCGACAUCAAGGGCGAGUCGUGCUACCUGACCUGGGACGCCCCGGAGGACAACGGGGGCAAAGAGAUCACCAACUACGUCAUGGAGGGCAGGGACGCCAGCAAGAAGAAAUCCGACUUCGAGGUCCUGACCGUCAACCUCAUCGACAGGAGAUACGGGGUCCAAAAACUGAACCUGAACGGCAACUACCAGUUCAGGAUCAAAGCCGAGAACAAGUACGGUCUGAGCGACGGCUGCGAUUCAGAGAAGGUCCAGCUCAAGGAUCCGUUCGGUCUCCCGGGACCUCCUCGUAACCCCAAAAUCAUCGCGGCCACGGCGACCAGCAUGACCGUGACCUGGGACGCUCCUCUGGACAACGGCGGCUCCACCAUCCAGGGCUACUGGUUGGAGAAGAGGGAGCGCGGCGCCGUCUACUGGGGCCGCGUCAACCGGGCUUCGCUCACCAAGCCGUCCGUGAAGGGCCUGGAGUACACCGUGCUCAAGCUCAUCGAAGGCUCCGAGUACCAGUUCAGGAUCGCAGCCUGCAACGCCGCCGGAGUCGGACCACCCUGCGAGUCCAGCGAGUGUCGCCUCGCCGCAGAUCCAUGCAAACCGCCCUGCCCUCCCGGGUCUCCCGAGGUUAAAGACAAGACCAAGAGCAGCAUCACGCUCACCUGGAGCCCCCCAGAAAGAGACGGCGGCAGCCCCAUCAAGGGUUACGUCGUUGAGGUCCACGAGGAGGGCUCUCCUGAUUGGAGGAGGGUGAACCCCGCCGACAAGCUCCACCCGACGACCGAAAUCACCGUGCCCGACCUGAAGGAGGGCAAGAAGUGCAAGUUCAGGAUCUACGCCGUGAACGCUGCCGGGAACUCAGAGCCCGCCAAGACGGGAGACAUCCUGGUUCAGGACAUCCUGAUCGAGCCGUCGGUGUCUCUGGACAUCAGCGCUCACGACCUGCUGAACUGCAGAGCCGGAACCCCCAUCAGGAUCCUCGUCACCAUCGCCGGACGACCCGUUCCCAAAGUCACCUGGAUCUUCGAUGGACCCGCUGAGACCGAGAAGAAGAACGAGCUCCACACGCUGCCCGUCGACUCCGAGAUCCAGACCACCGACACGACCUCAGUGGUCCUGAUCCCGGAGAGCAAACUGACCCACAGCGGCCGGUUCAUCAUCAACGCAGAGAGCGUCGCCGGACACAAGGCGGUCAAAGUCCGAGUCAACGUGGUCGACCUGCCCGGACCUCCGAGAGACCUGAAGGUCAGCGACGUAACGAGGGGAACCUGCAGACUCACCUGGAAGCCUCCAGAGAGCGACGGGGGCGAGAGGGUGAAGAGCUACUUCAUCGAGAAGAAGGCGGUGGACGGCAAAGCCUGGACCAAGGUCAACCCGGCCUGCGCUGCUCAGUCCCUGGUGGUUCCAGACCUGAUCAACGGGCAGGAGUACCUGUUCCGCAUCCGGGCCGAGAACCGCUUCGGGUUCGGCCCGCUCGCCGAGACCGCCGAGGCCGUCAGAGCCAAGGAUCCAAUCCAUCCUCCCGACCCCCCCACCAGGUUGAAGAUCCAGAGCGUGAGGAAGGGCUCCGUGAUGCUGACGUGGAGGGCACCGAAGAACGACGGCGGUUCACCCGUCACCCACUACAGCGUGGAUCUGCUCUGCUGGGAGGCCAACAGCGCCCAGAAGGAGUCCUGGAGGAGGUGCAACCGGAGGGACGUGGACACCACCGGCUUCAAGGUGGAGGACCUGACUGAUGGAGACGAGUACGAGUUCAGAGUGGUGGCGCACAACGAGGCCGGACCCAGCAGACCUUCCACCACGGUCGGACCCAUCGUCGUCCAGGACCAGACCUGCGCUCCGUCCAUUGAGCUGAAGGAGUUCAUGGAACAGGAACAGGGCUCCGACAUCAGCCUCGUGGCCACGGUGCGCGGCUGUCCGUUCCCCACGCUCACCUGGUUCAAGGCUCCGCCCCACAAGACCAACGACAGGGUGGAGGUUCAAUACGACGAGCACAUCAACAAGAUGGUGUCUGACGACAGCUGCACGCUGCUCAUCCAGCAGGGCAAGCGGCCCGACACGGGCCUCUACACGCUGGUGGCCUCCAACAGCCUCGGCAAGGCCUCCAGGGAGAUGAGGCUCAACGUGCUCGGCCGGCCCGGUCCUCCCUCCGCUCCCAUCAAGUUCGAGGAGAUCGGCGCCGAGAGGAUCACGCUGUCCUGGCUGCCGCCGACGGACGACGGCGGCUCCAAAAUCACCAACUAUGUGAUCUGGCGGCGCGUGGCCAACCGGAAGACCUGGGUCAUCGUCACCAGCGAGCCCAAAGACCGCAUCUGGACGGUGGAGAGCCUGAUGGCGGGACACGAGUACGUGUUCCGCAUCAUGGCCCAGAACAAGUACGGCGUGGGAGAGCCGCUGGACAGCGAACCCGAGGUCGCCAGAAACCGCUACAGCGUCCCCGGUCAGUGCGAGAAGCCGACGGUCAGCGGCAUCACCAUGGACUCCAUGACCGUCAGCUGGGAGGAGCCCGAGGACGACGGCGGCACGCCGGUCACCGGCUUCUGGCUGGAGCGCAAAGAGACGGCGGGCAAGCGCUGGACCCGCGUCAGCCGAGACCCCAUCCGGCCCACGGACAUGGCCGAGUCCUUCGUGGUCAGCGGACUCAUUGAGGGCUCACACUACAUGUUCAGGGUGUGCGCCAUCAAUGCCGCAGGACCCGGACCCACCAGCCCCCCCACGGACCCCGUCUUCGCCAGAGACCCCAUCUCCCCGCCCUCUCCUCCGACCCCGAAGGUUUCUGAUUGGACCAGGUCUACUGUGGACCUGGUGUGGAUCCCUCCUCUUAAGGACGGAGGCUCCAAGAUCAUCGGGUACUGGGUGGAGUACAAGGAGGAGGGCACCGAGGCCUGGGUCAAGGCCAAGGAAACAGAAAUCCGUGGCACCCGACUUGUGAUCGCCGGUCUGAAGACUGGCGGCAAAUACAAGUUCAGGGUGACUGCGUUCAACGCUGCUGGUAACGGCGAGCCAGGAGAAGUCCCGGAGGUGCUCGAGGUCAACGACAGAAACAUCGCCCCCGAGGUGGAUCUGGACGCCUCCGUGAAGGAGCGCAUGGUGGUCCACGCCGGCGGCGUUAUCCGUAUCAUCGCCUACGUGUCGGGCCAGCCGACCCCCGAGGUCACCUGGAGCAGAGACGGAGCCGCGUUGCCCGCCGACGCCAAAGUGGAGACGACGGGCAUCAGCUCGUCUCUGGUCAUCAAACCCUGCAGCAGGAAGCACCUCGGCGUCUACACGCUGACCGCCAAGAACGCCGGAGGGGAGAAGACCAAGAACAUCACCGUGGAAGUUUUGGACGUCCCCGGGGCCGUCGGCAUCCCCUUCACAGCGGAGAACCUGACCUCCGACUCCUGCAAGCUCAACUGGUACUUCCCCGAGAACGACGGCGGCUCUCCCAUCAGCAACUACGUCGUGGAGAAGCGCGAGACCGAGCGCAAGGCCUGGACCUCGCUGUCCUUCACCGCCAGCAGGCAGAACGCCGUGGCUCACGGCCUCACCGUCGGGAAGUCCUACUUCUUCAGAGUGGCCGCCGAGAACGCCAUCGGCCUCGGACCCUUCAUGGAGACCGCCGCCGAGCUCCUCGCCAAGGAGAAAAUCAGUGUGCCUGACCGCCCAGAGGAGCUCGAGGUCACCAAGAUCACCAAGGAUAUGAUCAGCGUCACCUGGAAGGCGCCCAAGUUUGACGGCGGCUCAGAGAUCACCAUGUACAUCCUGGAGUCGCGUAUGAUCGGCAAAGACAAGUUCACCAGAGUUACCAAGGAGAAGCUGAUGGAGAGGAAGUACACCUACGACGGCCUGAGGGAGGGAGACACCUACGAGCUCAGGGUCAUCGCCGUCAACGAAGUGGGACCCAGCAAGCCGUCGUUCUCCACCAAACCAAUCACCUGCAAGGACGAACUGGAGCCGCCGACCAUCGAGCUGGACUUCCGCGAUAAGGUCAUCGUCCGCGUUGGCGAGAGCUGCCUGCUGCAGGGCCGCUACACCGGCAAACCCCCGCCCUCCAUCGUGUGGUACCGAGACGACGACGAGCUGAAGGCCGACAAACACAUCAUGUUCAAGAACACGCUGACCACCAUGUCGCUCGGCCUGAUGAAGGCCAAGCGCGAGCACAGCGGCCGAUACGUGGUGGUGGUGGAGAACAGCACCGGGUCCAGGAAGGGGGUCUGCAACAUCACGGUUGUCGACCGUCCAACUCCUCCUGUUGGCCCAGUGGUGUUUGAGGAGGUGCACAGGGAGUACAUGGUCAUCUCCUGGAAAGCUCCUCUGGACACCGGUGGCGUUGACGUGUCCAACUACAUCAUCGAGCAGAGAGACACCAACAGAGAAGCCUGGACCACGGUGACGUCUGCCUCCACCAAGACCAUAUGCAAGAUCCCCAAGCUAACGGAGGGCAGGGAGUAUAUUAUGAGGAUCUUUGCUGAGAACAUGUACGGUAUCAGUGACCCUCUGGAGUCCGAGGAGAUGAGAGCCAAAGAUCUCUACAGAGUUCCCGAGGCCCCUGAGAUGCCAACAGUGCGGGAGGUGUACGCCACCAACGCCCUGGUGCUGUGGAACCGGCCUCGCGACGGCGGGAAGCCCAUCAUCAACUAUGUCAUUGAGAAGAAGGAGCCCACUGCAAAGAGGUGGUCCAGAGCCACCAGAGACCCGCUGUACCCGGCCACUCAGUACCGAGUCCAGGACCUGGUGGAGGGCUGUCAGUACGAGUUCAGGGUCAUGGCUGAGAACGAGCUGGGAACCGGAGACGCCAGUGUGCCCUCCAAACCCAUCCUGGCCAAAGACCCCAUUGUGCCGCCGAGCCCUCCCGUGACCCCUGAGGCCUACGAUAAGACCAAGGACUCCGUCAGCCUGAAGUGGAAGUUGCCCCGUCAUGACGGGAAGGGCCGGAUCUUUGGCUACCUCGUUGAGUACCAGAAGCCCGGUACUGUGGAGUGGAGUCCGGCCAACGAGACCCCGGAGCAGUGCCCAGACCUCCACUACGUAGCAACAGGCCUGGAGGAUGGACAGGAGUACAACUUCAGGAUCUUCACCGUCAAUGCCGCCGGCAAAUCUGAACCUGCAUAUGUGAAGCAGACCAUCAAAGUCCACGACAGACUGGAGGAGCCAGAGUUGCUUCUGGACGCCAACAUGGCACGGGACCACCUGGCCAUGCUGGGCACUGACAUCACCCUGAGCGCCACCAUCAAGGGUGUGCCGACGCCCACCGUCAGCUGGAAGAAGGACGACGGUGACGUUCCUACUCACGUCACCGUCGCUGUCACCGCCAGCAGCAGCAAAGUCUUCAUCCCCAAGAGCCUCCGGGCGGACUCCGGCAACUACACCAUCACUGUGGAGAAUGCCGCUGGAAAGAAAUCGGCAACCGUUGCUGUACUUGUUCUGAACAAGCCGUCUCCUCCCAGAGACCUGCUGAUCUCUGAGGUGACCAGUGAGUCGGCCUACCUGACAUGGAAGGUUCCCGAGGACAACGGCGGUGCCGUCAUCUCCCACUACGUCGUGCAUAAGAAGGAUGUGGCCGCCGAGCAUUGGGUCCCCGUCGCGGCAUCCAAUAAGAAGCUAAGUCUGAUGGCCAUGUACUUGAUGGAAGGAAUCCAGUACCUGUUCAGGGUGGCUGCUGAGAACCAGUUUGGCAGGAGCGACUUCGUGGUCACCAGGAUACCCAUUAAGGCUCUCGAUCCUCUCUAUCCUCCUGGCCCACCCAAAAACCUGCACCACACUGAUGCAGAAAAGACAGAGGUGUGGUUAGAAUGGGAAUGGCCCAACCGCACCGGUGGAAGUGAAAUCACUGGCUUCAUUGUAGAGCACCAGGAAGAGGGACAGACUGACUGGGUCACAUUUAAGACUGUCAGCAACAACCAUGCCCACGUCACCGGUCUAGUGGAGGGCAAGACCUACCGCUUCAGGGUCAAGGCUCAGAACGCCAUCGGCGUGAGCCGUCCUGACACCAGCGUCCCGGUCACCUGUCAGGAAAAGAAAAUGCCACCAACUAUUGAAGUUGAUGUGAAGCUUAUUGAGGGUCUUACUGUGAAAGCUGGUGCUGCCAUUGUCCUUCCAGCCAAGAUGACAGGCAUUCCCAAUCCCAGUGCCAGAUGGGUGACCGAUGGCAAGGAAAUCACAUCUGAGGGCCGCCAUCACAUUGAGACGGCUGGAUCCUCUACCACCCUCAGUAUCCCUGAGAGCCAGAGAGGAGACACUGGAGAGUACAUCCUCACUGUGGCCAACCCUGCAGGCAGCAAGACUGUUGCCCUCCAUGUCACAGUGCUGGAUAUUCCAGGGCCACCCAUUGGACCCAUCAAUAUAUUGGAGGUUACCCCUGAUUACAUGAUAAUCCAAUGGAGGCCACCCAAGGAUGAUGGAGGCACACCCAUCAACAGCUACGUGGUGGAAAAGAAGGAUGUGAAGAAGUCAUGGGAGCCCUGGUCGGUCGUUAGCUCCAGCGGCACCAGCACCAAAGCCAAGGUGUCAAGGCUCGAGAAGGGCCGUGAGUACAUCGUCCGCGUCCGUGCAGAGAACAAGAUUGGCAUCGGCGCACCGCUUGAGAGUCCCCCCACAAUUGCCAAGCACAUGUUUAACCCGCCUGGUCCGCCAGGCCUGCCAGAGUGCUCUGAUAUCACUGAGAAUGCUGUGACAGUGGAUUGGACCGUGCCGGACUAUGAUGGAGGCAGCCCCAUCAGUGGAUAUGUGAUAGAACGCAGAGAAAUGACAGGAAAGUGGAUUAGAGUCAACAAAACUCCCGUGCUGGACCUCAGAUACAGAGUCUCAGGUCUGUUUGAAGGAAACAGCUAUGAAUUCAGAGUAUUUGCUGAGAAUGUUGCUGGUAUCAGCGAGCCUUCUGCUACCUCUGACUCCAUCAAAGCCACUCGUGCCAUCACAAAACCCGGACCCCCUGCCAAUCUGAAACUGAAAGACUGGAGCAAGUCUUAUGCUGACAUCUGUUGGACCAAGCCUACAAGGGACGGAGGCAGUCCUAUUCUGGGUUAUAUUGUUGAGGUUCAAAAGUCAGGAUCCGCCCAGUAUGAAAGAAUCAACAAGGACCUUAUCACGAUGUGUGCCUACAGAGUGAGAGGCCUCAUUGAAGGAAUGGAGUACAGGAUUCGCAUCAGAGCCACUAACAAGGUUGGAGAUAGUGAACCCAGGGACCUGGCCGAGCCUGUCUUAGCAAAGGACAUCUUGGUGCCCCCUGAGGUUGUUGUCGACGCAUCCUGCCGCGACUCUCUGACUGUGAGGGCAGGACAGAUUAUAAGUUUGAUCACAAGGGUGAAAGGCAGACCAGACCCAGAGAUCACAUGGACCAAGGAUGCCAGAGCUAUAUCCCGGGACAAGCGCAUUGAUAUGAACAACAACUACCCUCUCUGUGAACUGGUCAUCACCGAUGCAGUCAGGUCAGACUACGGUAAAUAUGCCAUCAAUGCCAAGAACAGUAGUGGACAGGCACAAGCCACCAUUAUUGUAAAUGUCCUGGACACACCAGGGCCUUGCCAGAACCUGAGAGUGGCAUAUAUGACCAAGAACUCCUGCAUGGUUUCCUGGGAGAACCCUGAAGACAAUGGAGGCACUGAGAUCAACCAGUACCUUAUUGAGUGCCGUCAGCCCAGCCAGAGAGCAUGGACUGUGGUAUCCAAUGACUGCACCAAGCGCUUAAUAAAGGCCCCUCUUACUGAAGGCUGUGAGUACUUCUUCCGUGUCAGCGCAGAGAACAAGAUUGGUGCUGGUCCAGCUACUGAGACCAAGAACCCAGUGCUAGCAGUUGAUCCCAUUGAGAAGCCUGGUGAACCUAUUGACUUCAACAUUUUUGAGAUCGGCAAGACCUUCUGCUUCCUCAAGUGGAGGAAACCAGACUAUGAUGGAGGUAGUCGUAACCUGGCUUAUCAUGUUGAGAAGAAACCAAAAGAGGCUGAGGAGUGGGAGAGGCUUCAUAAGGGUGCUAUCAAGGAGACUUACUUCAUGGCUGACAGGUGCAUCGAAAACCAGAUCUAUCAAUUCAGAGUUCAGACAAAGAAUGAGGGAGGCGAGAGCAACUGGGUGACCACACCUGAAGUCCUGGUUAAGGAACAGAUAGUGGAGCCUGAAGUCAAGAUUACACUGGAUGGAACGAUCGUGGUCAAGGCAGGAGACUCCAUUCCUAUUGAGGCAAGAGUCAAGGGCAAACCCCAGCCUGAUGUCAAAUGGACCAGAGAUGAGAGCACAAAGGAGAUAAGGAAGGGCCCCAGGCAUCAGGUCGACACCGGUGUUGACUUUUCAAAGCUGAUGAUCACCGGCGCCAGGCGCACUGACACUGGUAAAUAUGUUGUAACCGCCUCAAACAGUGCAGGAACCAGCUCUGCUCAUGCUAAGCUCAAAGUACUGGAUAGACCAGGCCCCAUCAGCGACCUCAAGGUGUCUGGUAUAACCUUCGACAGAUGCCAUUUGGCAUGGGAAGUGCCCGAGGAUAAUGGUGGCUGCGAUAUCUACAACUACAUCAUUGAGAAAUGUGAGACCAAGAGGGGAGUCUGGUCGGUCCACUCCAAUGCUGUCAUCACCAAUAAAGCGAACGUCACCCGUCUCACUGAGGGCAAUGAGUAUGUCUUCAGAGUUCGUGCUGAGAAUAAGAUGGGUCCUGGCCCUGCAGUGGAGAGUGAAUCGAUGGUUGCGGGCACCCAGUUCAGUGUACCUGAUGCUCCUGAGGCACCAGAGGUCACCAAGAUUGCCAAAGAAGAGAUGACUGUGCAAUGGUCAGAGCCCGAGAGAGAUGGUGGAAAGCCAAUCACAGGGUAUCUGUUGGAGAAGAGGGAAGAGCAUGCCAUUAGGUGGUCGCCUGUCAACAAGGAUCCAAUCCCUGCUACACGUUUCACAGUUACUGGACUCCUGCCCCUCCAUAACUACCAGUACAGAGUCAAGGCUGUCAAUGAAAUUGGCAAUGGAAGCCCGAGCAAGCCUUCACAUGCCAUCACUGCCAAGGACACAGUUGAGCCUCCUGCACCUCCUACCAACAUGAAGGUCCUGGACAGCACCAAGUCCUCCAUCACCCUGGGCUGGACCAAGCCGGUAUCAGAUGGUGGAGCGCCCAUCAUUGGCUACGUUGUAGAGAUGAGGGCGCAGGGAAGUGUCAAGAAAGGAGACGACGGUUGGAAGAGGUGCAACGUGGCAGCUCAGCUGAUCGUGUGCGAUUUCACAGUCUCAAGUCUGAAUAACGAGCUUGUGUACGAGUUCAGAGUGUCAGCUCAGAACCAGGUGGGCAUGAGCCUGCCCUGUGACCUGGAGAGGGGUGUGAUCCCCAGGGAGAUUCUAGAGGCACCAGAGAUUGACUUGGACGCAAGUUUGAAGCAGGGUCUGACGGUGAGAGCCGGCUGUCCUAUCAGACUAUGUGCCACCAUCAGGGGUAGACCACCACCCCAGGUCACGUGGAGGAGGAUGGGUAUUGACAACGUGGUCAGGAGAGGAAAAGUCGACAUCAUUGACACCAUGACUUUCCUGGUCAUCCCCGACAGCACCCGCAAUGACUGCGGCAAAUACUGCCUGACGCUUCGCAGUCCUGCCGGAGAGAAGGCUGUGUUUGUCAACGUUAAGGUUCUGGACACUCCGGGACCCGUGGUGGAUCUGGAAGCCACCGACAUCAAACAGACAUCCGCCAUGCUGGUCUGGAAUCCUCCAGAGGUCGAUGGCGGCAGCGAAGUCACUCACUACAUUGUUGAGAAGCGCGAGAUCGACCGCAAGACGUGGGCGACUGCCAAGGCCGAGGUUGAGAAGGAUAAGAUUCCCUUCAAAGUCAGCGGUCUCAUGCCGGGCACAGAGUACUACUUCAGAGUCACGGCGGUCAAUGAGUACGGCUCUGGAGUUCCCAAGGUGUCACCCACUUCCUACAUGGCCUCCGAUCCUGUCAGCAAGCCCGAUCCUUGUGAGAAGAUUGAAGUUCUGGAGAUCACCAAGAACAGUGCCGCAGUCGGCUGGGUGAAGCCCGCAAGAGAUGGUGGUGCCAAGAUUGAUGGUUAUGUCAUUGAAUACAUUGAGGUCAAGCCUCCUCCAGAGCCUCCAGCACCUGUGGAGGUUCCAGAGGGAGAGGAAGCUCCUCCACCACCUCCACCUCCAGUGGUAGAGGAUGAGGAUGAGGAUGAAGAACCUGAAAAGGAACUGUGGAACGCCUACACCACGGUGAAAGGUUUGACAAUCAGCAUCAGCGGCCUGAAGGAGGGCAAGAAGUACAAGUUCAGAGUGGCUGCUAAGAACAUCAUGGGCCAGAGCUCGUUCACUGAGACCAGGGAGCCAAUCGAGAUCAAGGAGCAGAUGAUGGAACCAAAGAUCGUCAUGCCAGACACAGUGAGCGCCAGAGCCAGAGCCAAGCUCAGAGUUGAGGCGCUGGUUUCCGGAAAACCCACCCCGGCCUGCAAAUGGAUGCGUGGCGAGGACGUGGUGGUCCCGUCCAGCCGUCUGGCCGUGCACCAGUCUGGCAGCGUCUGCGUCCUGAUCAUCAAAGACGUGUCCAGAACUGACAGCGGAGAAUACAGCCUGGUGGCUGAGAACAGCUCCGCAAAGGUGGUCGAGACCCUGAAGAUGGUCAUUCGAGACAUCCCCGGCGCUCCCGAAGGCCCCGUAGAGAUCAGCGACAUUGACGCCGACGCCUGCUCCCUAUCCUGGAACAAACCAUUAGAGGACGGAGGCAGCAACAUCACCAACUAUGUGGUGGAGAAAUGUGAUGUGACUCGAGGAGACUGGGUGUCGGCAACCUCUUCUGGUCAGAAGACCAGUUGCAGGCUUGGGAAGCUCAUCCCUGGGAAGGAGUAUGCGUUCCGUAUCCGUGCUGAGAACCGCUUCGGGGUGUCGGAGCCUAUUCAGUCUGAAAGGAUGGUUGCAAAGUUCCCCUUCAAUGUUCCGAGUGAGCCUCUCAACUGCUGUGUCAACAAGACCAACAAGGACUGUAUGUUCGUUGCCUGGGAUAAGCCCGAGACCGACGGCGGCAGUCCCAUCACGGGCUACUACAUCGAGCGUAAGGAGAGGAACAGUCUUCUGUGGGUGAAGGCCAACGACACUGUCGUACGCACCAAUGAGUACCCAUGUGCCGGGCUCAUCGAGGGCCUGGAAUACAUCUUCAGAGUGUCCGCCAUCAACCGCGCCGGCCAGGGCAAACCAAGCAAGAAGACUGACUUUGUCACGGCUAGAACACCUAUUGAUACUCCAGGUAAACCUGAGAUCCUGGAUGUAACCAAGAGCUCGGUCACUCUGGUUUGGACCCGUCCCAAGAACGACGGUGGGAGCAAGAUCAUUGGCUACUACGUUGAGGCCAUGCGGGUGCCAGGCGACACUUGGAUACGCUGUAACACCAGCAGCCAGAAUGUCCCAAGAGAGGAGUAUACCGUAACUGGUCUGGAGAGAGACCUGCAGUACCAGUUUAGAGUCAUCGCCAAAACCGCUGUCAAUAUCAGCAAACCCUCUGAGCCCACAGAUCCCGUGUUGGUCUGCGCCGAGAAUGUUCCUCCGAGGGUGGAGCUCAACGCUAAGAUGCAGAAAGGUUUGAAGGUGAAAGCCGGAACCACAAUCCUCCUGGAGGCUGAGGUGUUCGGUAAGCCGAUGCCCAGAGUGACAUGGAAGAGAGCUGAUGACAACCUGAAAUCAGGUGAAGGCCAGACCCUCAGCCACACGAGGAAUCACUUCCAGCUGGAGAUGACGGAAGUCACCAAGGAGCACACAGAAACCUACAUCAUCCUGGCCGAAAACGCAAGCGGCUCCAAGACCGCCGAAAUCCAAGUCAACGUCCUGGAUGUGCCCGGCCCUCCUGCCAGUGCCAAAUGCGUUGAGGUGUUUGCCACCAGCAUCAAGAUGUCCUGGGAGGCUCCUCUGAAGGAUGGUGGCGCUUCCAUCAGCAACUACACUUUGGAUAAGCGUGAGACUAACAGAGCUAACUGGGCCCAGGUCUCCGCCAAGAUCAAAGGCGAUGUCCUCGAGUUGAAUGUGGAGAAACUGAUUGAGGGUCGUGAGUACCAGUUCCGAAUCCGUGCUGAGAACACAUGGGGAGUCGGAGACGCCCUCAUCACCAAGCCUGUAGUCGCCAAGAACCCAUUCACUGUCCCCGGCCCUUGCGAGGUCCCAGUGAUCACCAAUGUGAGCAAAGAUCGUAUGACAGUGAGUUGGAAGGAGCCUGCCAAUGAUGGAAAGUCCACCAUCCUGGGUUACGUGCUGGAAAAGAAAGAGGUCAAGGAGGUAAACUGGACAAAGCUGACCAGGAAGCCCAUCACAGAGAGGAGCCUGGAGGUCAUAGGCCUCACAGAGGGAGCUGAGUACGAGUUUAGAGUCAGUGCCGUCAACGUGGCCGGAGUGGGCAAGCCCAGCCUGCCCUCCGCUGCCACCACUGCACAGAAUCCUAUCACUCCUCCUGGCCCUGUUGUGAACCCCGGUGUGAUAGACACAACCAACAGCAGCAUCAGCCUGACCUGGACCGCGCCCGCCAACAAUGGUGGAAGUCCUGUCAUUGGAUACCUGGUGGAAAGCAAGAAGGCCGACACCACAGACUGGACCCGCUGCAACGUCCCCAGGAACCUGCAGGACACCAGCUACACCAUCGAGAACCUCAUUCACAAGGCCGAGUACCAGUGUCGCAUCAGUGCCGUCAACAAGGUUGGCUUCGGCGAGCCAGUUGAAGUACCCGGCAAGCACGUUGCCAAAAACAUCAUCAUUCCUCCGGAGGCGGAGCUGAGUGCUGAGCUGAAGGAAGGCCUGGUGCUGCACGCCGGUGCGACCAUGAGGCUGCACGCCAUCAUCAAGGGCAGCCCUAUUCCCAAGAGCACCUGGGCCAAGAUGAACACCAACAUCAAGGACCGCCAGGGCGUUGUCAUUAAAUACACCAACACUGAUGCCCUGGUGGUGGUGGAGAACGUCAACAGAUAUGAUGCUGGCAAAUACAUUCUAAACCUGGAGUGCUUGGCUGGCAUAAAGAUGUACACCAUCGUCGUCAAGGUUAUUGAUACUCCCGGCCCACCAGUCAACCUCACGGUAAAGGAGUCAAACAAAGACAGCGCCUCCAUCUACUGGGACCCCCCUCUGCUCAACGGUGGCUUUGAAGUCACUCACUACAUCGUGGAGAAGCGUGACACUGAGAGGAAGGCCUGGUCCAUCAUCUCCACCAACUGCACCAAGACGUUGUUCAAGGUGCCGGACCUGGACGCCGGGCGGUCUUACUGUUUCAGAGUGUCGGCGGUCAACGAGCUCGGCGCUGGAGAGUCUUCCGAGACAGCUGACGCAGUCAAAGCAUCUGAGGAGCCUGGGCCUGUCAUGGACUUCAAGACUCUGCUGGUUACCAAGUACUCUUGCACUCUAAGCUGGAAGAAACCUCUCACCGAUGGUGGCAGCCGCAUCAUCUGCUACGUGCUGGAGGUUCUCAAUGGCGAAGACAACUACAAGGAGCUAAUGAGGUCUAAGAACAUGCAGUACAGCGCCAAGGACCUGGUGGAGGGCAAAGAGUACAACUACAGAGUCAAGGCUGUGAAUGACUCUGGAGACAGUGCCGUCACAGAGCUGACCGUGGUCGCCAAAGACCAGAUCAUUCUUCCCAGCUGUGACCUGAGGGAGCUGCCCAACAUGUGCUACAUCGCCAAGGAGGGCAGCAUCGUCCGUCUGAAGAUCCCCAUCGUCGGCAAACCCACUCCCAAGGUCUCCUGGAAGAAGGGAGACGAGGACGGGAACCUGACAGACAGCGGUCGAGUGUGCGCAGAGUCUUCUGCAGUCAACACCACCCUCCUGAUCAGGGACUGCCAGAGGAGUGAUGCUUCCAAGUACACCAUCACCCUGAGGAAUAGCGCUGGAUGCAAGGAGUCCGCUAUAUUCAUUAGGGUGGUGGGUAAGCCCGGCAUUCCUAUUGGACCCAUUAAGUUCAAAGAUGUGACGGCCGACGGUGCUACGCUGAAGUGGGUCGCUCCUAAGGACGACGGUGGCUCAGAGAUCACAAACUACAUCCUCGAGAAGAGGGACUCGGUCACCCACAUGUGGGUGACUGUGUGCUCCACUGUGGAGACCAACACCAUGAGGGUGACUGGUCUCCAUGAGGGCACAGAGUACAUCUUCAGAGUGUGUGCUGAGAACAAGUAUGGCAUUGGAGAGGGACUCAAGUCCGAUCCACUUGUUGCUAAACAUCCAUUCAAUGUUCCUGAUGCUCCUCUUCCACCUCAAAUCAUGAGCAUGCGCCACAACUCUGCUUACCUGGCCUGGUCUGACCCCAGGAAGACCGGAGGGUCUCCCAUCACAGGCUACCACGUUGAGUUCAAGGAGAGGAACAGUAUGUUGUGGAAGAGAGCGAGCCCGUCUGCUCUGAGGAUGAAGGAGCACAAGGUAACUGGGCUGACUGAAGGUCUGGAGUACGAGUUCAGAGUCAUGGCAAACAACCUGGCCGGUACUGGCAGACCAAGUGGUCCCACCGAUCCACAGGUGGCCCUGGAUCCCAUUGAUCCUCCUGGGAAACCCGAUGUGAUCAGCAUCACGCGGAGCACCGUGACCCUGCAGUGGACCGAGCCACAGUCCGAUGGCGGCCACAGACUAACCGGCUACAUCGUGGAGAGGCGCGACCUGCCCUCUAAGAUCUGGGUGAAGGCCAACAGCAUGAACAUUGUGGACCCUGCAUUCACUGUCACCGAUUUGCAGGAGGGCUGUAAAUAUGAAUUCAGAAUCAGGGCAAAGAAUUCCGCCGGCGCCAUCAGCCCACCCUCCGAGCAGACAGACACUAUAAUCUGCGCAGAUGAAUAUGCUGCCCCAACUAUUAUUAUUGAAGCUCAGGUAAAGGAGGGUCUGACCGUCCGAGCCGGCGAUACUAUUGUCAUCACCGCCACAAGCAUUUUAGGAAAACCUGCACCAACCUCGUGCUGGUCAAAGGGAGGAAAGUAUUUCAAAGCCUCUGAUCUUGUGCACAUUGAGACCACUGCAACUUCCUCCACUCUGUCCGUCAAGUAUGCCGGCAGGAAGGACUCUGGGGAGUACAUCAUCACUGCCAGCAAUCCCUUCGGUGUCAGCGAAGAAACCAUCAACGUUACCGUUCUGGAUGCUCCUGGAAUUCCUGGACCCAUUGAAACCAGUGGUGUCUCCUCUGAAAAAGUGACUCUUACCUGGACAGCUCCCACCGAGGAUGGAGGCUCUCCUAUCAAGUAUUACACCAUUGAGAAGAGAGAAACCAGCCGCCUGCUCUGGACUAUCCUGGAGGAGAAGGUCAUCGACUGUCAUUAUGUCGCUACCAAACUCAUCCAAGGCGAUGAGUACUUCUUCAGAGUCUCUGCUCUAAACCAGUACGGGACCGGGGAGGCAUCUCACUCUGAGGCAGUCAAGAUGGUUGAUAGAUUCGGUCCUCCUGGUCCCCCAUCUAAACCAGAAGUCGGCAACGUCGAUGGACAUUCAGUCACCGUGACCUGGAGGAGACCAGUCGAGGACGGAGGAAGUGACAUCAUAGGUUACUGUGUUGAGAAGAAGGAGAAAAAGGGCAUGAGAUGGGUCAGGGCAUCCAAGAAAUCCCUUACUGAGCUCAGCUAUGAAGUCAGCAGUCUCACUGAGGGCAUCGAGUACGAGUUCCGUGUUCUUGCUGAGAACAGAGCUGGAAUUGGAGAGCCAAGUGAACCAUCUAUGCCUGUCAGAACAAUAGUUGCUGCCUAUGUGCCUGGACCUCCAGUCAAUCCAAGAGUCACAGACACAACCAACAGGACUGCCACUCUGAACUGGGGGAAGCCUCUUGAUAACGGUGGACUUGAAGUCACAGGAUAUCUGAUUGAACACAAGAAGGAAGGAACAGAAGAAUGGGUAAAGGACACCCCUUCACAUCCACUUAGGAUCACAGAGUUUGUUGUUCCCGGCCUGGAAACUGGUGCAAAAUACCACUUUAGGAUUAGCGCUGUAAAUGCUAAGGGAGCAGGUGAACCUGCUGAAACUCAGGAGCUGUUUGAGAUUGUGGAGCGUCCAGCUGAACCCGAUUUGGAGCUGGAUGUUGAGCUGAGAAGAACCCUUGUCGUCAGAGCUGGUUGCUCCAUUCGCCUCUUUGUGCCAAUCAAGGGACGGCCGACACCUACUGUCACCUGGACAAAGGAGGGUGGUCCUAUUCCACGUGCCGUUAUUGACAGCACAGAGUCAUUCACAAUGCUGAUCAUCUCCGAGAGUUCAAGGAUUGAUGUGGGUAAAUAUGAGCUGACCCUCGAAAACUCAACUGGAAAGAAGAGUGCCGCUAUACAGGUGAGAGUUCUGGACUCACCUGGACCUCCUCUCAACCUGAAACCAGUCAAGAUUGACAAGGAAAGCAUUACUCUUCAGUGGGAGAUGCCUCUCAUUGAUGGUGGAGCCAAGAUCACCAACUACAUCAUUGAGAAGAGAGAAUCAACACGCAAGGCUUUUGCUACUGCUGUUACAAAAUGCCCAGGUACUUCAGUCAGGAUAGGUGAUCUGGGUGAAGGCUGUGAGUACUAUUUCAGAGUGUCCGCCGAGAAUGAGUAUGGCAUUGGUGAGGCGGCUGAAACUGCUGAUCCAAUUCGUGCAUCACAGACACCAACUCCUCCAGAGAGCAUCAUUCCUACUGAUAUCACCAAAAACUCUGUGAGCCUGGCCUGGACCAAACCCAAGCAUGAUGGUGGAAGCAGAAUUACGGGAUAUGUCCUUGAAGCCCAGAAGAAGGGAACUGAUCCGUGGGCACAUGUAACAGCAGUCAAGACCAUGGACUUCACAGUAAAGAAUCUGAAUGAGACGGAGGAGUACAUCUUCCGAGUAAUGGCUGUCAACAAUUCCGGUAGAAGCGUCCCACGUGAGAGCAAACCCAUUGUUGUCAAAGAUUCUACUUUGCUGCCACAGUUCGACCUCCGUGGUGUAUGUCAGAAGACGGUUAUUGCCAAGGCAGGAGAUGAUAUUAAGGUGGAAAUUCCAGUGAUGGGACGUCCCAGACCAGUUAUCUCUUGGCAAAAAGAUGGCACAGCCCUAAAGGUCACACAGAGAACCAAUGUGGAAACUACUGCUGCCACUGUUAUCCUCAGCAUCGGUGGAUGCAACCGAGCCGACAGUGGUUUGUACAGCAUGACGGGAAAGAACAUAGUUGGUUCUGUGACGGACAACAUCAUCGUCAAAGUGCAUGAUGUACCUGGACCCCCCAAGGGACCAAUUAACAUUGUGGAGAUAGCUCGUACCUAUUGCAUCUUUGCAUGGGACACUCCCGAGAAUGAUGGAGGUGUUCCAAUCAACAAUUAUGUGGUUGAGAUCAGAGACACCACUUCCCAAUCAUGGACAGAGCUGUCGUCCACGGUCAUCCGCACUAUGUUCAAAGCCAUUCGCUUAACCACUGGAUCAGAGUACCAGUUCAGAGUAAAGGCUAAGAACAGAUAUGGUGUUGGACCGCCCAUCACCUCACACUCAGUGGUGGCUGCCUAUCCUUUCAAAGUCCCUGGACCUCCUGGUACUCCUGGUGUUGCUGCAUUUACCAAGGACUCCAUAACAAUUGGCUGGAAUGAGCCUGUGGUUGAUGGUGGAAAUGAAGUAAUUGGUUAUCACGUUGAGAGGAAAGAAAGAAGCAGCAUCAUGUGGCAGAAGAUCAGCAAGUGUCUUGUGAGAGGAAACCUCUUUAAAUCCAUUGGGCUUGAAGCUGGAGCUGCUUAUGAGUUCCGUGUCAUGGCUGAAAACAUGGCUGGAAUUGGUAAGCCCAGCAAAGCCUCAGAACCAAUACUGGCCUUGGACCCUGUAGACCCACCAGGUCAGCCUGAGCCAAUACUUGUCAGCAAGAACGUCAUUACCAUUCAGUGGACAAAGCCUGAGUAUGACGGUGGUUUCAAAAUCACAGGCUACACAGUGGAAAAGAAAGAACUGCCUGCUGGGCGCUGGAUCAGAGCCAACUUCACCAACAUCACUGAGACCACAUUCACUGUCAGUGGACUGACUCAAGAUGCCUCUUAUGAAUUCCGUGUAACAGCCAGAAACUCAGCAGGUGCAGUGAGCGUGCCCUCUGACACCUCAGACCCAAUUACCUGCAAAGAUGACAUUGUUGAGCCCCGCAUUAUGGUUGAUGCCAUCUUUAAGGAUGUUGUUCUACUGAAGGCAGGAGAGUCCUUCAAGCUUGAUGCUGACAUUGCUGGUCAACCAACCCCAUCUAUGGCUUGGACCAAGAAUGGAAAGGAGGUUGAGAACACACUGAAACUGGAUGUCAAGUUUACAGAACUGACAACUACGCUCACCAACAAGGACUCUGUAAGAUCAGAUGGAGGAGAAUUUGUUUUGACUGCCACUAAUGUUGGUGGAUUUGCUAAGCACGUCUUUAAUGUCAAAGUGCUUGACAGACCUGGACCACCAGUUGGACCUCUUGAGGUGUCCGACGUCAAUGCUGACAACUGUGUAAUCACCUGGGCUCCACCUGCAGAUGAUGGAGGUGCCAAGAUAGAAGGAUACGUGAUUGAGAAGCGUGAGUCAAGCAGACUGGUUUGGACCAAUGUGGUUUCAGACUUGCAAGUUACACAACAUAAGGUGACCAAGCUACUCAAAGGAAAUGAAUAUAUCUUCAGAGUUAUGGCACUAAACAAAUAUGGACUUGGCGAGUCUCUUGAUUCAGAACCCACUAUUGCGGACAACCCAUAUGUGGUUUCAGAUCCUCCAGGGAAUCCUGAGGUAACAGCUAUUGCUAAAGAUUCAAUGAUUGUUAUGUGGCAAGCGCCAGUGAGUGAUGGUGGAACGCCCAUCACCAACUAUAAUAUUGAAAGGAAAGACAAAAUCGGCCUCCGCUGGGUCAAAUGCAACAAGAGGAAGGUCAAAGAUCUGCAAUUCAAGGCAGCAGGCCUUGUUGUCGGACAUGAAUAUAAAUUCAGAAUUAUUGCUGAGAAUGCUGCUGGAGUGAGUCCUCCAAGUAUCUCAAGUCCAUUCUACAAGGCCACUGAUGCACUGUACAAGCCAGGGGCCCCAUGCAACCCCAGAAUCUUGGACACAACCAAGUCCUCAAUUACUGUUGCAUGGAACAAACCUGUAUAUGAUGGUGGCUCUGACAUCACUGGCUACAUUGUGGAGACCUGCAUCCCAUCUGAAAAGGAGGAAGAGGAGGAAUGGACCAUUGUGACACCCAAAGAAGGACUCCUUGCCACUUCGUUUACCAUUAUUAACCUGAAGGAGAACCAGGAGUACAAGAUUAACAUCUCUUCUGUAAACGGUGAAGGAGUUGGAGAUGCAGCAUCUGUACCUGACAAUACCAAGGCAGAGGACAGGCUCCUGACACCUGAGAUUGAUUUGGAUGCUGAGCUCCGCAAGCUUAUCACUCUUCGAGCUUGCUGCUCACUCAGGCUGUUUGUGCCUAUCAGAGGCAGACCAGCUCCUCAGGCUCAAUGGACCAAAGGAGAUGGUGAGCAUAUUGAGAGGGCAACCAUCAACAGCACAACAUCAUACACCCUACUUGUAAUUGAAAAUGUCAACAGAUUUGACAGUGGAAAGUAUAAUCUUUCCGUUGAAAACAACUCCGGAUCCAAGACAGUUACAGUCCAAGUCAGGGUGCUUGACACACCAAGUGCCCCACAGAAUCUCAAGAUUACUGCUAUAACAAAGGAAUCUGUCACUUUGACUUGGGAGCCACCUGUGAAUGAUGGAGGAGUUAAGGUUAAAAACUACAUUGUUGAAAAACGCGAGUCCACGAGGAAAGCAUAUGCCACAGUCAAUGCUAACUGCCAUCACACCACCUUUACAGUUGACCAGCUCUUGGAAGGAUGCAACUAUUACUUCAGAGUUUUGGCUGAGAAUGAAUAUGGCAUUGGUCUACCCAUUGAAUCUGGUGAAUCAGUUAAAGUGUCUGAGAAACCACAGCCACCUGGCAAAAUCUCUCUUAAGGAUGUUACCAAGAACAGUGUCACCCUCUCCUGGGAGAAGCCAGAGCAUGAUGGUGGCAGCAGAGUGGGCUGUUAUGUUGUUGAGAUCCAGCCUAAGGGUGCUGAAAAGUGGAGUCCGUCUGUGAUUGUAAAGGAAACAGAAGCUACAAUUAGUGGACUCAAUGAAGGUGAAGAAUACAUGUUCCGUGUUGCAGCAAGAAAUGAGAAGGGAACAAGUGACCCACGACAGAUUGGUGUGCCUGUGAUCGUAAAAGAUCUUGUGUUUGCACCGGUUAUCAAGAUGUUGUUCAACACAUUCAGUGUGUUAGCAGGAGAAGACCUGACAGUAGAAGUUCCUUAUGUUGCACGUCCCAAAGCAGCUGUCUCCUGGGUAAAAGAUGGACAGCCUCUGAAGAGGACUUCCAGAGUCAACUUUGGAGCAACAGAGACAAUGCUGAACCUAAAUAUAAAAGAGGCUACUCGAGAUGAUGUUGGACAGUACCAUAUUACUAUUAGCAACACAGCAGGAGAGACAACAGCCGACAUCGGCAUUGUUGUACUGGACAAACCAGGACAGCCAGGAGGUCCAGUUAAGGUGGAGGGGGUCACUUCUGACAGUGUAACCAUCUCCUGGAAACGACCAGAGUAUGAUGGUGGUUGCGCGAUCAAACACUACAUUGUGGAAAAGAGAGAUGCGUCCACAACUGCCUGGAUGAUUGUAUCUCCAAACCUAGCAAGGACCGAAAUAAAGGCUGGCAGGUUGAAGACUGGUUCUGAGUAUCAAUUUAGAAUCACAGCAGAAAACAGAUAUGGAAAAGGUCCAGCUCUUCUCUCAGAGUGUAUUGUGGCUCAAUACCCAUACAAGCUCCCUGGACCACCAGGUACACCAUCCAUUGCAGUCUGCACCAAGGACAGCAUGGUGGUGGCCUGGAAUGAACCUGUGAUUGAUGGUGGCUCCACUAUCUUGGGAUACCAUCUUGAACGCAAAGAGAGAAAAAGCAUCCUUUGGGUCAAACUCAACAAGUCUCUUAUUACUGACCAAACCUUCAGGACUGCUGAUCUGGAACCAGGAAUGGAAUAUGAGUACAGAGUGUAUGCGGAAAAUAUUGUUGGAACAGGCAAAGCGAGCAAAGUAUCUGAGGGACAAGUUGCUAGAGAUCCCUGUGAUCCCCCUGGCACCCCAGAGGCCACAAAUAUCACUAAAGACUCCAUCACCAUUGUCUGGACCAAGCCUGAAUAUGACGGCGGUGCAAAGGUUACAGGUUACGUUGUGGAAAAGAAGGAGCUUCCUGAAGGUCGUUGGCUGAAGGCUAACUUCACCAAUGUCAUUGAGACAGAAUACGUUGCAACUGGACUGGUGCAGGACGAUCAGUAUGAGUUCCGUGUCAUUGCCAGAAAUGCUGCUGGUGUUUUCAGUCUGCCCUCUUACAGCACCGGUCCUAUCACUGCCAGGGAUGAGAUUGAACCACCAAGCCUCAGCAUUGACCCCGAGUAUACACAGACUGUUGUUGUUAAUGCCGGAGACAACUUCAAAAUUGAUGCAGAUGUUCAUGGAAAACCAUUACCCUCUAUCUACUGGAUGAAGGGAGAACACGAGCUGGGCAACACUAUUCACAGAGAAAUUAAGAACACACCCAUCAAAGCUUAUAUAUCUGUCAAGGAAGCUAAACUUUCCGAUGGAGGCCAAUAUACUCUGCUGCUGAAAAAUCCAGGGGGAGAGAAGGCUGUACAGGUCAAUGUUGUUGUUCUAGAUAAACCUGGCGAACCACAGGGACCUUUUGUUAUAACAGGAAUAACCAAAGACCAAUGCAGCCUUGCAUGGAAAGCACCACUACAAGAUGGUGGCAGCAAGAUCUCUCACUACAUUGUAAAGAGGAGAGAGACAAGCAGGCUAGUCUGGAUGGUUGUUGAUUCCAAGGUAGAGAAUAUUUGCUUGAAAGUCAAAAAGCUCCUGGAAGGAAAUGAGUACAUCUUCAGAGUCCAAGCUGUCAACCAGUAUGGAGUGGGUGCACCACUUGAGUCUGCUGCUGCCACAAUUAAUGAUCCAUUUGAGGUGCCUGGAACACCAAAGAGCUUGGAAGUUUCAGAUAUAAAGAAAGAUUCAAUGGCGCUCACCUGGGAGGCUCCUUCCGAAAAUGGAGGCAGUCCUGUCACUGGAUACAUAAUUGAGAAACAUGACAAAGAAGGUCUAAGAUGGACCAGGUGUAACAGGAAAACAGUCACUGACUUGACUUUCAAGGUCACUGGACUCAUGGAAAGGCAUAGUUAUGAAUUCAGAGUUGUAGCUGAGAAUGCUGUAGGCCUUGGUGAGCCAAGCUCCCCAACUGUGUUCAUCAUUGCACUUGAUCCCAUCUUCAGGCCUGGCCCACCACACAAUCCAAGAGUAACUGACACAACUAAAUCAUCAGUAUUCCUGUCGUGGGGCAAGCCCGUCUGUGACGGAGGCUGUGAGAUUCAAGGAUACGUCAUCGAGUGUUGCACUACCACAGAGCAACCGGCGUCAGCCGAGGCUCCCGCUGAACUCACGGCUGCCGAGGCAGUCGCCACAGAUGCCCCUGCUGAGGAAUGGACAAUGUGCACACCUCCAACAGGUGUCAAGAAGACCAAGUUUGAAGUUGUGAAGCUGAAAGAAAAUCAGACAUACAAGUUUAGAGUAUGUGCCAUCAACAAAGUUGGAGUUGGUGAGCAUGCCAAUGUUGCUGGUGCGAUUGUUGCCAAGGACAGAGCAGAGGAGCCAGACCUUGAUAUUGACCCAGAACUGAGAAAGAUUGUGACCAUUAAAGCUGGAGCUUCGCUCAGGCUGUUUAUUCCUAUCAAAGGAAGGCCCACUCCUGCCAUAAAGUGGGACAAAGAUGAAGCUGCACUGAAAGAGACAGCUCAGGUCGAGGUGACCAGCAGUUACUCAUCCCUUGUAAUUGACAACAUGAGCCGAAAUGACAGUGGAAAAUACACUAUCACUGCAGAGAACACCAGUGGAACCAAAUCUGCAUUUGUUGUUGUGCGUGUUCUCGACACACCGAGCGCUCCUGUAAACUUGAAAGUGAAAGAAAUAACAAACCAAUCCGUGACACUGGCAUGGGAGCCAUCUCUGUUGGAUGGAGGCUCCAAGAUCAAGAACUACAUUGUUGAAAAGAGAGAAAGCACUCGCAAAACGUAUGCAGCUGUUGUAACAAAUUGUCAUGCUCUUUCAUGGAAGAUUGAGCCACUCCAGGAGGGUUGCAGUUACUACUUCCGAGUCCUUGCUGAGAAUGAACAUGGUGUUGGCCUGCCUGCAGCAACUGCAGAUCCUCUUAAGGUCUCAGAGGUUCCCCAGUCUCCGAAGAGCUUGAUUGUUACAGAUCAAACCAAAACAAGCAUAUCUUUGGUCUGGGAGAGGCCCGUGUAUGAUGGCGGUAGCAGAGUCAUUAAUUACCUGCUCGAGGUGCAACUUAAGGGCCAGGAGAAGUGGUCGAGUGUUAACACAUUUAAGACAAUGGACACUACUGUUUCUAAACUGAACCCAGGAGAGGAGUAUCUGUUUAGAGUUGUAGCAAUCAAUGAUAAGGGAAAGAGUGACCCCAAAGUCCUUUCUGGUCCUGUGAUGACCAAGGACUUAGUCUAUGAGCCAGAUGUUCGACCAGCAUUCAGCAGCUACAGUGUCAAAGUGGGCAAAGACCUGAACGUUGAUAUUCCCUUCUUUGGAAGACCUAAACCAACAGUCUCAUGGACGAAGGAUGGAGCCACUUUGAAGUACACUACCCGAGUCAACAUUCUCAACACAUCAACACAUACAACACUGUGCAUCAAGGAGGCAACAGGUGAUGAUGAUGGCAUGUACAGUAUACAUGUUGCUAACUCAGUUGGAAAGAAGGACGCAACAGUUGAAAUUAUUGUACUUGACAAGCCUCGUCCUCCAUGCGGCCCUGUGAGGUUCGAUGAAAUCACAACACAGAGUGUCACUCUUUCAUGGGAUCCACCAAAGCACAAUGGUGGCUGCCAGAUUUCCAAUUAUAUUGUACAGAAGAGACUUACUACCACAGCUACAUGGGAAAAUGUCAGCAUCAACUAUGCCAGAACAACCAUUAAAGUGCCUGGACUGAAGACUGGAGCCGAGUACCAGUUUAGGAUCAUUGCUCAGAACCGCUAUGGCAAGAGCCAUGGUCUGGAUUCAUCUAGUGUGGUUGCUCAGUACCCAUACAAAGAGCCAGGCCCACCAGGCACUCCCUUCAUCUCUUCUCUCUCUCGGGACCACCAGAUUGUUGAGUGGCACGAGCCGGUCCAAGAUGGAGGCAGCCCUGUCCUGGGCUACCAUCUUGAAAGGAAAGAGAGGAAUAGUAUCCUCUGGGUCAAGAUCAACAAGACACUUAUUCACGAGACUACUUUAAAGAGUCACCCCUUGGAAGAAGGUGUUGAAUAUGAGUACCGGGUUUAUGCUGAAAAUAUAGUUGGCAUUGGCAGGUGCAGUAAGGUCUCAGAGGGCUCUGUUGCCCGUGACCAAUGUGAUCCUCCUGGCGCACCAGAGGCCAUCCAUGUGACCAAGGACACCAUUAUAAUCCAGUGGACUAAACCAGAAUAUGAUGGAGGCAGUAAUAUAACUGGCUAUACUGUGGAGAGACGCGAUCUGCCAGAAGGCAGGUGGGUAAGGGCAAACUUCACUAAUGUGAUUGAGACCAAGUUCACUUUCACUGGUCUGACUGAAAAUGCACAGUAUGACUUUAGAGUCAUUGCUAAAAAUGCUGUUGGCACCGUCAGUAAGCCAUCCUACAACAGUGGACCAAUUAUUGUAAGCGAUAAUUUGGAAGCACCCAAAUACUCCAUUGACCCCGCAUUCAUCAAAACCAUUACCAUCAAUGCCGGUGAGACCUUCAAGCUAGAUGCCGAUGUCCAUGGCAAGCCGCUCCCCACAAUGCAGUGGUUCAAGGAUGAAAAAAUAGUCGAGAAUACACUCAGACUGGAGAUUAAAAACACAGAAAACCAUGCAAUGAUUGUCAUUAAGGACUCCAUUAGAAGUAGUGGUGGACUUUACACACUCCAGCUGACAAAUGAGGCUGGCAGUGAAACUGUUCAAUUCAAUGUCUUGGUCCUGGACCGGCCUAGCCAAUGUGAAGGACCCCUCCACACCGCUGGAGUAGCAGAAGAUAGAUGCACACUGGUAUGGCAUGCCCCUCUACAUGAUGGAGGUGGUCCUAUUAAGCACUAUAUCAUCGAGAGAAGAGAGACCAGCCGUCUAGCUUGGACAAUUGUUUCUAACAGCUGUGAAACCACAUGCUACAAAGUCACCAAGUUACUGGAAGGCAAUGAGUAUAUGUUCCGUGUCAUGGCAGUUAACAGUUAUGGUGUCAGUGAACCACUGGAGUCUAGCGGAGUGAUUAUGAAGACUCCAUUUGUACCUCCUGGUCCGCCUCAUGUUGAGGAUGUAUCCAACAUUGCUCAUGAUGGCAUGACCAUCACUUGGUCAGCCCCUGAGACUGAUGGUGGAAGUGAGAUCACCAAUUACAUCCUUGAAAAGAAGGACAGAAAUGGAAUAAAAUGGACCAGAUGCAACAGACAGAAAGUCACUGAUCUCUCCUUUAGAGCUACAGGUCUGACCACUGGCCAUGAAUAUGAAUUCAGAGUGGCUGCUGAGAAUGUAGUUGGAGCAGGAGAACCAAGCCUUCCAAGUUCUUACUACAAGGCCAGUGAUCCCAAGUACAAGCCUGGUGCCCCAGCAUAUGUGAAUGUGAUUGACUCCACAAAGAGUACGAUGACAGUAUCAUGGGGUAAGCCUCUGUCUGAUGGCGGCAGCACCAUUCAAGGAUACAUUGUUGAAGUCUGUAAGGCUGAGGAGGAGGAAUGGACAAUGGUUACUCCCCCCACUGGUCUGCGUGUCAACAAAUAUGAAAUUACCAAACUGACUGAGGGUCAGGAGUACAAGAUACAGGUCUGUGCUUUGAACAAGCUGGGAGUUGGUGAACCAGCAGGUCUCUCUGGAACAGCUAAGCCAGAAGAAAGGUUGGACCCACCACAGAUCCAUCUUCACUCUGAGCUGAGGAAGGGCAUCACUUUGAAAGCUGGUGGAUCUGUUCGGAUCCAUAUUCCAUUCAAGGGCAGGCCAACACCUGAGAUUAAGUGGACUAAGGAUGAGGGAGACUUGACUGAAAAAGCAGUGGUUGAGAAAGCUCUUAACUUCACACAGUUGUCCAUUGACUCGUGUGACAGGAGUGACUCUGGAAAAUACACCCUGAGCCUGACGAACAGCAGUGGAACUGUCUCUGAAUUUGUUGCUGUGAAAGUCCUGGAUACACCUGGCUCCCCACAGAACCUUGAGGUGAAAGAAAUCAAAAAGGACUCUGUCACUCUUGUAUGGAUUGCCCCACUGAAUGACGGAGGUUCCAAAAUCAAGAACUAUGUCAUUGACAAACGUGAAUCAACCAGAAAUACAUAUGCAAAUGUCUCAACCAAAUGUAGCAAUACAACAUUCAAAGUUGAGAACUUGGUCGAAGGUGCUCUGUACUACUUCAGAGUCAUGGCUGAGAAUGAUUAUGGAAUCGGCCAGGCUGUUGAAACAAAGGCAGCUUUCAAGGCCUCUGAGGUACCACUGCCUGUUGGGAAAAUCUCCGUCACGGAUGUCACCAAGGCCACUAUCUCACUGGCCUGGGAGAAACCUGAGCAUGAUGGUGGCAGUAGGAUUGGUGGCUACCUAAUUGAGAUGCAACCCAAGGGUACGGAUAAGUGGGGAGUGGCAACAAAUACAAAGACAUGCGAUGGCACUGUCACAGGCCUCACAGCUGGAGCAGAAUACCUAUUCCGUAUCAUUGCUUACAAUGAGAAGGGAAAGAGUGAGCCAACAGCACUAGCUGCCCCCAUUGUUGCAAGUGACAUAACCAUGGAUCCCAGCAUUAAGAUGCAAUUCAACACCUACAGUGUAUUAGCUGGAAAGGACUUGAAGCUAGAAUUCCCUGUACUUGGCAGGCCCAAACCUAGAGUCUCCUGGACCAAGGAUGGUCAGUCUUUGAAGGUGACAUCCAGAAUCAAUGUCAUAAACACACCAACAACAACUGGAAUUAAAAUUACUGAGGCAUGCAAGGAUGACUUUGGCAAGUAUUCCAUCAUAGCAACCAAUAGUGCCAGCACGAUCACUGAGGAUGUGGCUGUCAUUAUCCUUGAUAAGCCCGGUCCACCAAAAGGUCCAAUCAAGGUUAUUGAAGUGAGCAACACCUUUGUUCAUCUCUCCUGGGAGCCUCCAGUGUACUUGGGUGGAUGCCAGGUAAAUAACUAUAUAGUGGAGAAGAGAGACACCACCACCCAAACAUGGCAGUCAGUCACCACACAGCUUGCUAGGACAGCUAUCAAGAUCACCAAGCUGAAGAUUGAUGCAGAAUACCAGUUUAGAAUCAUAGCUGAAAACAGAUAUGGAAAGGGUACCUCUCUGGACUCAAAGUCCAUCGUUGUUCAAUAUCCAUACAAACCACCAGGGCCUCCAGGAACACCAUCUGUCAAAUCUGCAUCAAAGGAAAUGAUGAUCAUUGAAUGGAAUGAGCCAGUCAAUGAUGGUGGAAGUGCACCUAUUGGGUACCAUCUAGAAAGCAAGGAGAGAAGCAGCAUCAUGUGGAACAAACUGAACAAGACUCUUAUAGCUGAUACUCAGUUCAAGAUCUCCAAUCUAGAGGAGGGUAUUGGCUAUGAAUUCAGAGUCUUUGCUGAAAAUAUUGUUGGCAUUGGCAGAUGCAGUAAAGUGUCCGAGUCCUUUGUUGCUCGUGACCCAUGUGAUCCUCCUGGUGCUCCUGAAGCUGUGUCUAUUUCUAAGACCAUAAUCAAGAUUCAGUGGACCAAGCCUCAGUAUGACGGUGGCAGCAAAGUAAAUGGAUAUAUUGUGGAAAGGAAAGAUAUUUCCUCCCCUGAUGUACACUGGGUAAGGGCUAAUUUCACCAAUAUAAUUGAGACAGAGUAUACCGUCACCAGCCUGACAGAGAAUGAGCAAUAUGAAUUCAGAGUUACUGCAAGAAAUGCAGUUGGUACCUUCAGCAGGCCAUCUGACAGCUCUGGGCCUAUUACUGCUACGGAUGAAAUUGAACCACCAAGGGCUUCAAUGGAUCCCAAAUACAAGGAUGUUAUUAUUGUCAAUGCUGGAGAACACUUGCUUCUUGAUGCUGACAUCUAUGGAAAACCCAUUCCUGAUGUAGUCUGGCUAAAAGAGGGCAAGGAAAUGGACAAAGCCCUGCGUAUUGAAGUAAAUACUACACAGAAACGUGCAGCCAUUACCAUUAAGGAUGUAACCAAACUUGAUGGUGGCCACUACGACCUGCUCCUCAAAAAUUUGGGUGGGACAAAAAUCUUCCCUAUCACUGUCAAAGUCCUUGAUAAACCAGGUCCACCUGCUGCACCCAUGAGAAUAACAGGAGUUAUGGCUGACAGGUGCAUCCUUUCCUGGGCUGAACCAACUCUGGAUGGUGGGGCUAGUAUCACUCACUAUGUCUUGGAGAAGAGAGAGACUAGCAGGUUGUCCUGGACAGUAGUUGGACCAAAUAUCAAGGGUCUGUACCAUAAACUAACAAAUUUGCUUCCUGGAAAUGAAUACAUUUUCAGAGUCAGGGCAGUCAACAAAUAUGGUUUUGGCGAUUAUCUUGAGAGUGAAUCCGUCAUUGCACGCAAUCCUUACAAACCACCUAGUGCUCCUGGAACUCCAGAAGCAAGUCAGAUCGCAAAGGAAUCUAUGGUUCUGUCAUGGACUGCUCCAGAACAGACUGGCGGAGCAGAAAUGGAGGGCUAUCGCCUUGAGAAACGUGACAAAGAUAGUGUAAGGUGGACGAAAUGCAACAGACAAAAGCUGACUGACAACCACUUCAAGGUCACAGGUCUGAUGACGGACCACUUCUAUGAGUUCCGUGUUGCUGCUGAAAAUGAAGCUGGAAUGGGAGACCUGAGUGAAUUGUCCCUACUCUAUAGAGCGUGUGAUGCCACAACACCACCUGGACCUCCACACCAUCCUAAAGUGACAGACUACACUAAGUCUUCUGUGUCUCUGUCCUGGGGCAAACCUGAAUUUGAUGGCGGUGCCUAUGUAAAGGGCUACGUUGUUGAAAUGAGGGAGUAUACACCAGUACCCAAAGAAUCAGAGGAGGUAGAAGUAGCACCGGCAAUAGAGGCAAUAGUUGAGAAAGAAUGGACCAUGUGCACUCCACCCACUGGCACACAAGCCACUAAACUCACUAUCGCAGACCUGAAGGAGGGCGGAGAGUACCAGUUCCGUGUCUGUGCAAUUAAUUCUGAGGGAGUGGGAGAGGCUGCUAAUGUCCAUAGCACUGUGGUUACUUCUGACAGGAUUGAAGCACCAGAGAUCGAGCUGGAUGCUGAUCUCAGGAAGGUGGUAUCUGUCCGUGCAGGUGGAACUCUGCGUCUGUUUGUUGCCAUCAGAGGAAGGCCGGAACCUGCUGUGAAGUGGGAGAAGGUUGAGGGUACUCUCACUGAGCGUACUGGAAUUGACACCACAAGUUCAUAUACCAUGCUCGUCAUUGACAAUGUUAACCGUUUCGACAGUGGUAAAUACUCUCUAACACUAGAGAACAGCAGUGGUGAAAAAUCCGCUAUUGUUGCAGUGAGAAUCUUGGAUACACCAAGUGCACCACAAAGCUUUGCUGUGAAGGAGCUCAAGAAGGAUUCCGUGACUCUCUCCUGGAAUACUCCACUUACUGAUGGUGGUUCAAAAAUCACAAACUAUAUUGUAGAGAAAAGAGAGUCUGUCAGGAAGGCUUAUACCACUGUCACCAGCAACUGCUUGGUCAACUCAUUCAAGAUUGAAGAGCUGCCUGAGGGUGGAAUUUUCUACUUCAGAGUCUGUGCUGUGAAUAAAUAUGGUCAAGGACAGAUGGUUGAAACCAAAGAAAUCAAAGUGUCUGAGGUACCGCAGCCACCAAGCAAGGUUAGCGUUGUAGAUUUGACAAAGACCAGCGUGUCACUGACAUGGGACAAACCUGUUCAUGAUGGUGGAAGCAAAAUUAUGUGCUACAAUGUAGAAUUUAAGCCCAAAAGUGGAGAUAAAUGGGGCACAGCAUGCACAGUCAAGGUGACUGAAGCAACUAUUCCUAAUCUCACUCCUAAUGAAGCCUAUUCAUUCAGAGUUGUUGCAAUCAAUGAGAAAGGAAAGAGUGAGCCAAAGGAUCUUGGUUUGCCUGUGGUUGCAAAGGAUGUAGCAAUUGAACCAUCAGUCAACUUACUCUUCAACACAUACAGCGUGAAGGCUAAGGGUGACCUCACUCUUGAGGUUCCGGUCAGAGGCAGGCCUAAACCUGUUGUAUCCUGGAAGAAGGAUGGCCUUCCUUUGAAGCAAACGGCAUCAGUUACUAUCUUAAACACUGCAACCUCAUCCAAAAUUAUCAUCAAAGAAGCUAGCAGAGAACAUGUUGGCAAGUAUGAGAUCACCCUGGCAAACACGGGAGGAACUGUCACAGCAGAUAUUGGAGUUGUUGUCCUCGAUAAACCAGGUGCACCUAGCGGUGUCAAGGUGGAUUCGGUGACAUCAGACAGCAUCACACUGUCCUGGUCUCCACCAGAUUAUGAUGGUGGCUGCUGCAUCAGUAACUAUAUUGUGGAGAAGAGAGACACAAACACCCAAGAAUGGCAGAUGGUAGCAAGUAAUGUUGCCAGAACAUCGUUCAAGGCUGGCCGCCUGACACACAGAGCAGAGUACCAAUUCCGCAUCUAUGCAGUCAACCGUUAUGGAAAGAGUACAUAUGUGGAUUCACCUGGAACCACUGCUCAGUAUAACUUCAAACAACCUGGACCUCCUUCCACACCUAUAGUGAAGUUGGCCACCAAGUCUUACAUGUUGGUGAUUUGGAAUGAGCCGGUCAUUGAUGGUGGCAGUCCUGUUGUGGGCUACCAUCUGGAGAGGAAGGAACGUUCCAGCAUUCUUUGGACAAAGAUGAACAGAGGAAUGAUUAAAGACACAGAAUACAAAGUCGUUGGAAUUGAAGAGGGAAUGAUGUAUGAAUAUCGUGUUUAUGCUGAAAAUAUAUCUGGUAUCGGUAAAUGCAGCAAGUCCUGUGAAGCGGUAGCAGCUAGAGAUCCUUGUGACCCGCCAGGCGAACCUGUGGUCACUGCUGUUUCCAGAACAUCUGUCUCCUUGUCUUGGGAUAAACCAGAGUAUGAUGGUGGAGCCAAGGUUUCUGGCUACACCAUUGAACGCAGAGACCUUCCUGAAGGACGCUGGACAAGGUGCAACUUCACCAAUGUGCCCGAGACCCACUACGAUGCAACAGGCCUUACAGAGAACAGUCAGUAUGACUUCCGUGUUAUUGCUAAGAAUGCAGCUGGAUUGUUCAGUGAACCAUCGGACACCACUGGCCCCGUCACUGUCAAGGAUGAUGUAGAACCACCACGCAUUAUGAUGGAUGUCAAGUUCAGAGAGACAUUGCUUGUGAAAGCAGGAGAAACUCUGAAGAUUAAUGCUGACCUUGCUGGACGUCCUGCCCCUGUCGUUUCCUGGACCAAGGAUGGCAAAGAGAUUGAGCUGAGAGCCAAAAUCCAGAUCGUUUCCACAGAUACCAGCACUUCUGUCAUUGUGAAGGAUAGCAUCAGAACAGAUUCUGGACAGUACGUUCUGACUCUACAGAAUAUUGGCGGAACAGUUACCAUGCCAAUAAACUGUGUGAUUCUAGAUAAGCCAGGACCCUCAGCAGGACCUCUGCAGAUCACAGGUCUCACAGCUGAAGCAUGCACUCUGAUAUGGGGUCCUCCACAGGAAAUCGGUGGUGCCGACAUCACACAUUACGUUGUAGAGAAGCGUGAGACCAGCCGCUUGGUAUGGACAGUGGUAAAGGGAGACGUCACAAAAACAUUCCUCAAGGUCACAGGACUACUCAAGGGCAACGAAUAUGUCUUCAGGGUUUUGGCUGUCAACAAGUAUGGACUUGGUGAGGCUCUGGAAUGUGAUACUGUAAAGAUCACAGAUCCAUACACUUUUGCCACUGCUCCAACUAAUGUUGAUGUCACUGCCAUAACUGGUGAUUCAAUGACCCUCACCUGGUACAAGCCAGCUAGUGAUGGAGGCACCCCCAUCAUUGGAUAUGUGAUUGAGCGCCGUGAGAAGACUGGUAUGCGCUGGGUCCGUGUGAACAAAGAUCCAGUUGUUGAAUGUAUCACGGUAGCAACCAAACUGCGCAAGGGUUGUGAGUAUGACUUCAGAGUCUAUGCUGAAAAUGAGGCUGGUCUCAGUCCUCCAAGUGAACGAUCUGCAUCAUUCAGAGCAGUCGAUGCUCUGGUUGCUGCUUCUCGCCCAACCAAGCCAAAGGUCGUCAGUUCCACCAAGGAAAGUGUUUCCAUUGUCUGGAAACCACCAAGAAAUGAUGGUGGUACCGCAAUCCUUGGAUACAGUGUAGAAUAUAGAGAAUACAUCCACAAACCAGAGCCAGAGGUUGUUGGAGAAGAGGAAGAAUAUGAGGAGGAGGAGGAGGAAGAGGAAGAAGAGGUACCUGAAUCACCCGAAGAACUAGCAAGAUGGGUUGAGGCUAUCCCUCUUACCAAGAGCUUGGAGUUCACGGUCACUGGACUAAAGACAGAUGCAGAAUAUGAAUUAUGUGUCAAGGCAAUAAACAAAGUUGCCAGCAGUGUGCGUAGUUCAUAUUCAGAUGCAGCCACAACAAUGGACAGAACUGCAGAGCCAUCAUUUGAUGUUGACAUUGAAAUGCGUAAAGUACUUAUUGUCAAGCAUGGCACAGCAUUUACUCUCAAGGUACCAUUCAAGGGCAAACCUGUGCCAUCAGUAGCGUGGACUAGGGAGGGCGUUGAUCUAAAGGUCAGAGGAACCAUCGAAUCAACUGAAUCAAGCACUUCACUGACCAUUGAAAAGUCAACCAGAAAUGACUCUGGAGAGUACUCCGUCACUAUUGAAUCGUCAUUGGGAACAGCAACAUUGCCCAUGGUUGUCAAGGUGCUCGACUCUCCUGGACCUCCUGUCAACGUUAAAGUUUCAGCAGUGACCAGGGAUUCUGCAAGCCUCAGUUGGGAAGCUCCAGAGAAUGAUGGCGGUGAUGCAGUGAAGGCCUACCAUGUUGAAAAGCGCGAGGCCAGUAAGAAGGCGUGGGUCUCUGUGACCAGCAACUGCCACGCAUUUACCUUUAAGGUGAAUGACUUGCAGGAGGGAGCCAUGUAUUACUUCAGAGUUAUUGGAGAAAAUGAGUAUGGAGUCGGUGUCCCUCAGGAGGCCAAGAAUGGAACAAAGAUUACAGAGGUACCAAGUGCUCCCAUGAAACUUGGAGUUGCAAAUGUAACCAAGGACAAUGUUACGAUUACCUGGACAAGACCAGAAUAUGAUGGCGGUAGCAGAGUCACCGGGUACCUUAUUGAUGCCCUGGAGAAGGGACAGACCAAGUGGGUGAAGUGUGCCACUGUGAAGACUAUGACCCACACCAUCAAGAGCCUGAGGGAGUGUGCAGAGUACUACUUUAGAGUCCGUGCUGAGAACCAUGCCGGACUCAGUGAACCAAAGGAGAUGAUCGUACCCGUUAUCGUCAAGGAAAUACAUGUGGCUCCUGAAUUUGACCUGAAGAACUACCCCAAGAAUACAGUUUAUGUGAGAGCAGGAUUCAACCUAACCUUUGAGAUUCCUCUCAAUGCCAGGCCCAUGCCUAAGGUGACCAUGUCCAGGAACAAUGUUGUCAUCAAGGGAUCCCAGAGGCUGCUAACGGAACUAACUCCAGACAGUUUAAUUAUCACCCUGAAUGAAAGCAUUUCAAGUGACGCCGGCAAAUAUGAAGUCACUGCCUCUAAUGUGGGAGGUACCACCAAGAUCUUCCUUAUCUUCGUUGUGCUGGACAGACCCGGACCUCCUAUUGGUCCAAUCGAGGUCGGUGAGAUCGGAGAAACCACAGUAUGUCUGAAAUGGGCAGUUCCAGAGUAUGAUGGUGGCAGUCCUGUUACCAACUACAUUGUACUGAAACGUGAAACCAGCACUCCUAAUUGGGCAGAGGUGUCGACUAGCAUUGCCAGAAGCUCAAUCAAGGUGGCUAAGCUGACCAAAGGAGAGGAGUAUCAGUUCAGGAUCAAGGCUCAGAACCGUUUCGGUGUCAGUGACCAUAUUGACACCAAGCAAAUCAUGAUCAAGCUUCCAUACACCAUCCCUGGGCCUCCAUCCACCCCAUGGCUCGGCUUUGUAUCCAGAGAGACCCUCACAGUCUGCUGGAAUGAGCCAGUCAAUGAUGGUGGAAACACUGUACUUGGAUAUCAUCUCCAGAUGAAGGAGAGAAGUAGCAUCCUCUGGCAGAAGGUCAACAAGACAGCAAUCUCAGGAAACCAGUGGCGACUCACAAACAUCUGCCCUGGCCUCAUCUAUGAAUUCAAGGUGGCAGCUGAAAAUGCCGCUGGUAUUGGAAAGCUGAGCAAGACAUCUGAAGAGGUGCUUGCUAUUGAUGCCUGCGAGCCCCCAGCAAAUGUCCAUGUCACAGAAGUCACCAAGAACUCAGUCAGACUGGCCUGGCAGAGGCCUCCAUACGAUGGCGGCAGCAAGAUUUCCGGCUACAGUGUGGAGAGGAGGGAAGCUCGCGGUGACAGAUGGGUGAAGGCCAACUUCACAAACAUCAUUGAGAUGGGCUUCAGUGUGUCUGGACUGAACCAGGAUGAGUCUUAUGAGUUCAGAGUAUACGCCAAGAAUGCUGUUGGGUCCGUCAGCAACCCAUCGCUCAUUGCUGGCCCUGUCACCUGUGUGGAUGCAUGUGGUGCCCCUGCUAUUGACCUUCCUCCAGAGUAUCUGGAUGUGGUUCAGUACAAGGCUGGAGCUUCAAUUAGGCUUCAAGUUGGAAUCAUCGCCACGCCUCUGCCAACCAUUGAGUGGCUGAAGGAUGGAAAGGAGCUGGUACCAACGUCCACCCUGUCUAUUGAAAGUACAACUGACUCCUCUGCUGUGCUGAUCAAGGAUGCUGCUCGCUUCAACACAGGCUCAUAUGAGCUUAAGAUCAAGAAUGUUCUGGGCUCAGCAUCUACAAACAUCAGGAUUGAAAUCCUAGACAAACCUGGAAUCCCAGCCGGUACCAUUGUGUUCAACUCCAUCACAGCAGACAAGAUGAUCUUCAGCUGGCAGCCUGUGCCCGAGUCUGAGCAGGGAGGCUUCAAGGUGACCCACUACAUUGUUGAGAGGCGUGAAACCAGCCGAGUGGUCUGGUCAACAGUUUCAGACCAACACGAGCAGACGUACGCCACCGUCAGCAAGCUGCUGCGUGGAAAUGAGUAUGUGUUCCGCGUAAUGGCCGUCAAUAAGUGCGGUGUUGGCGAGCCACUGGUGUCGGAGCCUGUCAUUGCUAAGAACGCCUUCGUAACUCCUGGGCAGCCGCAUACUCCUGAGGUGAACACCAUCACCAAGACCACCAUGGUGGUGGAAUGGGGCAAGCCAGGUGCCGACGGAGGUAGCGCAGUGUCGGGCUACUACCUGGAAAGACGCGACAAGAAGAGUGUGCGCUGGAUCCGAGUUUACAAAGACCUUGUCACUGGCAUCAAACAGACAGUCUACCACCUGACUGAAGGAAACGAGUACCAAUAUCGCACCUGUGCCAUUAACAUGGCUGGAGAGGGACUGUUCUCUGAUGCAUCAGACUACUACAAGGCGGCUGACCCAGUUGAUGCACCAGAUGAGCCUUGCAAGCUGAAGGUGGUGGACUCCACCAAGACAUCCAUCACCUUGGGCUGGUCCAAGCCAGAAUGGGAUGGAGGCAGUGAGGUCACCAGCUACAUGGUGGAGAAGCUCGUUGAGGGAGAGACGGAAUGGGCCAUGAUUACCUCCAGGGGAGAGGCCAAGACAACAGAAUAUACAGUUCACGACUUAAAACCAGAUGUCAACUACUUCUUCAGAGUCUCUGCUGUCAACUGUGCUGGCCAAGGAGAGCCUCUGGAGAUGACGGAGCCUGUGCAGGCCAAGGACAUCCUGGAGGCGGCACAGAUCGACUCAGAUGUGGCCAUGAGAACUCACUAUAUCGUGAAGGCUGGCAAGGAUGUGGAGCUGACUGUUCCUCUGAAGGGCCGACCUGCUCCCACUGCUUCCUGGAGUAAGGGAGAAGAAUGUAUCGACCGUGACCCCAAAUACGAGUUCCACCACUCAGACACCAACACAGUUCUUGUGAUGCGCGAGGUCACCAGGUUGGACACUGGAAAGUAUACAGUGAAAAUAGAGAAUGGUGUCGGCGAGCCAAAGUCGGUUAUCCUGUCUGUGAAGGUCCAGGAUACUCCAGCUCAGUGCAAGACUCUGGUCCUGAAGGACGUGACCUGUGGAAAGGUUACUCUCUGCUGGGAGCCUCCACUUCUCGACGGCGGUGCUGAGAUCACAAACUACAUUGUUGAGAAAAGGGACUCUUCCAAGAGAUCCUUCUCUGCAGUGACAAGUAAAUGCAUGGACACCACAUACACCAUUGAAGACCUCUCAGAGAAGACAUCCUUCUUCUUCCGGGUGUUAGCAGAAAAUGAGAACGGUGCUGGUGAUCCAUGUGACACACUUGAGCCUUUGAAGGCCACAGAGACCCCAGGGCCAGUCAAGGAGGUUUCUAUGAAGGAUUCGUCAAAGACCUCGGUCACUCUGCAGUGGCUGAAGCCCAAUUACGACGGCGGCAGCAUCAUCUCUGACUACGUCAUUGAGCAGAAACUAAAGGACCAGGAAUGGUCUUUGGGUGGUACCAGCAGACAGUGUGAGUUUGUAGUCAAUAAGCUCAAGGAGCACUCAGAGGUGUUCUUCAGAGUUGCUGCCCGGAAUGAAAAGGGACAGGGCGACUUUGUUGAGAUUGGGCCGAUCAAGGUUAUCGACUACAUCAUCACACCAGAGGCAAGCCUCGCAGAGUACCCCGGUGGCCGUAUCAAUGUCCGCCUGGGUCACAAUGUGCACAUUGAGCUGCCAUACGUAGGUAAACCCAAACCUGCUGUCCUGUGGCUGAAGGACAACCUCGCUCUAAAGGAGAGUGAACUAAUCCGCUUCAAGAAGACAGAAAACAAAGCCACUCUAAUGAUUAAGAAUGUAACCAAGGAAAAUGAGGGUAAAUACACUCUGACCCUUGACAAUAACGUCAGCAGGAGAUCUGUCCACAUCCAUGUCAACACACUUGGACCUCCAUCAAAGCCUGUUGGACCCAUCCGCCUGGAUGAAGUGAGAGCUGAGAGCAUCAUGAUUUCCUGGGAUGAACCCAAUGACGACGGUGGCGGAGACAUCACCUGCUACUCUGUAGAGAAGCGUGACACCUCCCAGUCUGACUGGAAGAUGGCCUGCUCCAGUGUAGAGGAUACUCAAUUCAAGGUCCCCAACCUAAUCAAGGGUAUCCAGUACCAGUUCAGAGUGUGUGCUGAGAACAGAUACGGUGUCAGCGAGCCUCUCGUCUCCCAAAUGGUCAUUGCCAAGCACCAGUUUAGGCCUCCAGGCCCACCAGGCAAGCCCGUUGUAUACAAUGUCACCAACGAUGGCAUGACAAUCCAGUGGGAGCAGCCCAUCUAUGACGGCGGUACCCCCAUCCAGGCCUUCCAUGUGGAGAAGAGGGAAAAGAAUAGCAUCAUGUGGCAAAAGGUGAACACUAUCCCGAUCAAAGAAACAGAUUUCAGAAUCUUGGAGCUCAUCGAAGGUCUUGAGUACUCCUUCAGAGUCUACGCCCAGAAUGAUGCUGGCUUCAGCCGAAUGAGCGAUGAGAGCAAGCCAAUCAUGGCUGUCAGUCCUGUUGAUCCUCCUGGUCAGCCCGACUACAUUGAUGUGACAAGUGACUCGGUGACACUGAAAUGGGAUGCCCCCAAACGUGAUGGCGGUAGCAAAAUUACCAGCUACAGCAUUGAGAAACGCCAAGGUCAUGGACGCUGGUUCAAGGCCAACUUGACCGAUGUGCACGACUGCCAGUACACCGUCACUGGGUUGGCAACAAAUGAACGCUAUGAGUUCAAAAUAACAGCCAGAAAUGCAAUCGGUGUCGUCAGUCCUCCCUCCAACUCUUCUGGCUUGAUUGUGGUCAGAAGUGAGAACGCUUCUCCAAUCAUUGAGUUUGGCCCAGAGUACUUCGAGGGUCUGACAGUCAAGGCAGGAGACAACAUUAGGCUCAAGGUUACCGUCACUGGACGCCCUGUUCCCAAGGUCGUCUGGUUCAGAGACGGUGUGGAGAUCACCAAAAAAAUGAUGGACAUCAUCAAUGUUGCUGGAUCCAGCACCCUGUUCGUCAGGGACGCUGAUCGUACUCACAGUGGCCACUACACUGUGGAGGCUACGAACGGGUCUGGAAGCAGGAAGGAGGGCAUCAUUGUUCAAGUCCAAGACACACCUGGGGAGGCAGUGGGACCCAUCACUUUCAGCAACAUCUCAGAGGGUAAAUGCACUCUGACUUGGAACCAACCAGAGAACGACGGCUGCUCAGAGAUUACGCAUUACAUCAUUGAGAAGCGUGAGACUGCCAAGAUCUCCUGGUCUUUGGUGUCUGACGAAUGUACAGAGUGCACCUUCAAUGUAACCAAGCUUAUCAAGACCAAUGAGUACCAGUUCAGGGCGUCUGCUGUGAACAAGUUUGGAGUUGGCAGACCAUUGGCGUCCAGCCCUAUCAUUGCACAGAUGCAAUACACUGCUCCUGAUGCUCCAGGCACUCCCGAUGCUACCGAGACGACAGGAGAGAACAUCACACUGUCAUGGAUACCUCCAACAUCUGACGGAGGAAACCCCAUUCAGUAUUACCUCCUGGAGAAACGGGAAAAGAAAACUGUCCGGUUCUACAAGGUGACAACCAAGAAGCCCCUUGUUGAAUGUGCCCACAAGGUGCUCCACCUGACGGAGGAUAUGGAGUACGAGUUCCGCGUCAUGGCCGUGAAUGAUGCUGGUGUUGGAGCUCCAAGCAACAUCUCUAUGCCUAUCAAAGCCGCCGAGCCAAAGGAUAUUCCUUGUGCUCCAUCUGUGGUCUGUGUGUCCGACUCGACCAACACCUCCAUCAGCCUGGAAUGGUCCAGGCCUGCCGACGACGGCGGCAUGGAGAUCCUGGGCUACAUUAUUGAAAUGGUGAAGGGAGAAGAGACCGAAUGGAAGAGAGUAAAUGAGGAGCUGGUGGCAGGAAAUAAUUACACGGUGACUGGUCUACAGACGGGAGCUGAGUACAGGUUCCAUGUUGCAGCUUUCAACCAUGUAGGUAGAGGCGAGGACAAGGAGAUUCCAGAGCCAGCUCAGGCUGUAGACAGGCUAACGCCACCACAGGUGGAUAUCGACGCCACCUUCAGGCAGACACACAUUGUCAAGCCUGGAGGCUCAGUGUGCUUGGGCAUUCACUUCAGAGGAAAGCCAAUUCCCGACGCCACCUGGGUGAAGGAAGAAGGCGAGCUGGGUGUCAUGUCAGAGGUCUCAACUACAGAUGGCUACAGUUCUUUAAGCAUUGAAAACUGCUCAAGGAAUGAUACAGGCAAAUACACCGUUAACCUGGAGAACGCUAGUGGCAGCAAGGCUGUUACAUUCACUGUAAAGGUUAUGGACACUCCCGGACCUCCAGAAGGUGUUGCCUUAAAGGAGGUGUCCAGGGGCUCCGUCACACUUAUCUGGGAGCCUCCUCUCAAUGACGGUGGAGCACGAAUCCAUCACUAUGUCGUUGAAAGGCGCGAGGCUAGCCGCCGCACAUGGCAGCAGUCUGGUGGCAAAUGCAAGCAGCAAAUCCUGAAGAUCCAGGACCUGCUAGAGGGCGUGCCAUACUUCUUCAGGGUCUCGGCCGAGAACCAGCACGGUGUGGGUGAGGCGUUUGAGAUCACUCAGCCUGUCAUUGCCACCGCAGAGCCAGCAUCUCCAAAGAGAAUGGACAUCCUGGACACCACAGAUAGCUCUGUGUCCCUGGGCUGGCUGAAACCAGAGCAUGAUGGCGGGAGCCGGAUCCAGUGUUACACCAUUGAGGCCAAGGCAAAGGGGACAGACAAAUGGGUAGUGGUUGCAAGCACUAAUAAUCUCACCUAUGUGGUUGAAAAGCUCAACAAGGGUGAUGAGUAUGACUUCCGUGUGAAAGCCAAGAAUGAAUCUGGUUCCAGCACACCCAGGGAAACUUUGGCUCCUGUGCUCGUCAAAGAGCCUCACAUUGAACCUGCCGCUGACCUCAGUGAGAUCACCAACCAGCUAAUCACCUGUAACUCUGGCAGAACCUUCAUCAUUGAUGUUCCCAUCAGUGGAAGACCUGCUCCUACAGUCAGCUGGAAGAUAGAAGAGUUGAGGCUCAAGAACUCAGACAGAGUCUCCAUCCAAACAACUAAGGACAGAACCAGCAUCUCAGUCAAGGAGGCCAUGAGAGGAGAUGGUGGUAAAUACUACCUGACUCUGGAGAAUGUGGCAGGAACCAGGACCUUCACGAUUGAAGUUAAUGUCACAGGUAGACCCAAUCCUCCAACCGGACCCAUCGAAAUCUCAUCCAUCACCUCUGAGUCCUGCGUAAUUAACUGGCAAGCACCGGAGGAUGAUGGCGGCACUGAUAUCACCAACUACAUUGUGGAGAAGCGCGAGUCCGGCUCCACCGCCUGGCAGCUGAUCAACUCUAGCGUUAAGCGCACAACACUCGACGUCAGUCACCUGACCAAGUACAUGCAGUACACAUUCAGGGUUUCUGCUGAGAAUAGAUUUGGCGUCAGCAAGAACACCGAGUCUGAGACUAUUGUUGCAGAGCAUCCUUUCACACCUCCUGGCCCUCCGACAAGGCCUUCAGUCUUCAAUGUCACUUCUAACACAAUGACCAUAAAAUGGGAGGAGCCCUACCAUGAUGGCGGAAGCAAAGUGACGGGCUACUGGAUCGAGAAGAAGGAAAGGAACAAUAUCCUGUGGGUGAGGGAGAACAAGAUCCCUUGCUUUGACUGCUACUCCAAGAUGGAAGGGCUGGUUGAGGGCCUGGAGUACCAGUUUAGGGUGUAUGCCAUGAACAGUGCUGGACUGAGCAAAGCCAGCGAGGCCUCCAAGGGAGCAGUUGCUCAAAACCCAGUUGAUUCACCAAGUAAGCCAGAAGUCACAAAUGUUACAAGAACCACGGUGUCCCUUAAAUGGUCGUCGCCACUGAAUGACGGUGGUAGUCCGAUUGUGGGCUACAUCAUUGAGCGCAAGCCGUACACUUUGACCGGUGAAGGCCGCUGGCUCAAGUGUAACUACACCAAUGUGACGGACACGUGUUACACUGUUACUGCACUGGGAGAAGGAGAGCCCUAUGAGUUCAGAGUCAUCGCCAAGAACGCCAACCAGGUCUUCAGCAUCCCCUCAGAGUCCACUGGCUCUGUGCAGUGCAAGACCGACUUCGAGCCUCCAAAGGCCCAGCUGGACAGUAAACUCCUGUCUGAAACCGUGACGGUCAGAGCCGGUUCAGACCUGGUUCUGGACGCUGCAGUGGGAGGCAGACCUGACCCCAAGGCUUCCUGGUCCAAGGGCAGCAGGGAUCUGGAGUUGUGUGAAAAGUACCACUUGCAGUACACCAACACCAAGGCUAUGGCCAUCAUCAAGUUCUGUGACAGAGAUGACACUGGAAAGUACAUCCUCACGGUCAGGAACGUUAGCGGAACCAAGACGGCUGAGGUCAACGUCAAAGUGCUUGACACCGCUGGAGUAUGUGAAGGCAGCAUUGAGAUCAGUAAGAUCACAGAGGAGUCGUGCACACUGAGCUGGAAGCCGCCUCUCGAGGACGGCGGAGAUGACAUCUCCCACUAUAUCGUGGAGAGGCGAGACACCAACAGACUCAACUGGGUCAUCAUGCAUGCCGAGUGCAAAGAGCUGACCUGCAACAUCACAGGGGUGUUCAAGAACACAGAGUACCUGUUCAGAGUUCGCGCGGUCAACAAAUACGGAGCUGGAGUCCUCUUGCAGUCUCAGCCGAUGGUUGCCAGAAACACUUUCACUGUGCCAACUCCUCCCGGUACUCCAGAGAUCUUGGUGUCAGGAAAGGACUUUGCCACCAUCGAGUGGCUGAAGCCAGAGAGCAAUGGCGGCAGCCCGCUGAUCCACUACCUGGUGGAGAGGCGUGAGAGAAAGAGCGCCCGCUGGGUGAAGGUGAACAGGGACGGAGCUUUCCUGGACACCAUGCUGAAGGUGUCCGGAUUGACCGAAGGCAACAUCUACCAGUUCAGAGUGACGGCCAUCAAUAAGGCCGGAGACAGCGAACCCAGCGAGGUUUCUCUGUAUGUUGUCUGCAGAGUGCCAACAUGCACCCCUUCUCCUCCUUCUAUCCCACGUAUGACCGACACUCAGGCCGACAGCAUCAGCCUGGCCUGGUCCCGCCCCGUGGAGGACGGAGGAGCCGAUGUGAUGGGCUACAUCCUGGAGAUGCAGGAAGCCGGAGCCGAGGAAUGGAAGAAGGCCCAUGAGAAGACUCUACGUGCUGCAGAGUACGUGGUGAAUGGACUUUCAGCAGGCAAGAAGUACUGCUUCAGAGUGGCCGGCAUCAACAUCAACGGCACAGGAGACUUCAGUGAGCCAUGUGCCGAGACUGAGCCGGUUGAGAGACUUGAAACUCCUGACUUUGAGCUCCACGAUGACCUGAAGAAGACCAUCUGCCUGCGCGCUGGUGGAUCCCUCCGCCUGUUCGUAAGCGUUACCGGUCGUCCCGCUCCCACUAUCACCUGGAGCAAACCCGGUGUUGACCUCCACAACAGAGGCUUCAUUGACAUCAACCCCACAGCCACCACACUCAUCAUUGAUCGGGUCCACCGCUACGACGCUGGCAAGUACACGCUGGUCGCCGAGAAUUCUGCCGGGAAACAGGAAGUCAACAUUCUGGUCAAGGUCUAUGAUACUCCUGGACCAACUGGAGCAAUCAAGAUCAAGGAGCUGACCAAGGAGUCUGCAACCAUUUCUUGGGAAGCCCCAACUGUGGAUGGCGGUGCUCCUGUCAACAACUACGUCAUUGAGAGGCGUGAGGCAUCCAUGAGAGCCUACAAGACCGUCACUUCCAAGUGCAGUAAGACCUCUUACAAGAUCGACGGCCUCAUGGAGGGCAUGCUGUACUACUUCCGGGUCCUUCCUGAGAACAUCUAUGGUAUCGGUGAGCCCUGCGAGACACCCGACGUCAUCCUGGUUUGCGAGGUGCCUCUGCCUCCAAACAAGCUGGAGAUGAUCGACGUCACCAAGAGCACCGUCAUCCUGGGCUGGCAGAAGCCCGAUCACGACGGUGGCAGCAGACUGACGGGCUACGUCAUCGAAGCCUGCAAGUUUGGCACUGACAAAUGGAUGAAAGUGGCCACACUGAAGACCACUGACUUUGAGCACACCAUCGAGAAGCUGAACGAGAACGAGCAGUACUUGUUUCGAAUCAAAGCAAUCAACAGUAAAGGAGCCAGCGAGCCCAAAGAGCUUGUUACUGCCAUCACUGUACAGGAACAGAGAGUCUUGCCCGUGGUGGACUUCUCCAGUAUUCCUCAGAAGGUCGUCAACAUCCUAGCCGGCAAGACUCUGGAGUUGGACCUGCCCAUCGUUGGCAGGCCUCCUCCAAUCUGCUCCUGGUACUUCAGAGAUAACAAGCUGAAAGUCACAGAUCGUGUCAAGAUCAAGAGCACUGGCAAGUUCUCCAAACUAGCCGUGUCCGAGACCACGAUCGACGACAGUGGUGACUACUCCCUGGAGGUGAAGAACGCUGUCGGUGUUAUCACCGAGGUCAUCAAGGUCAUCGUCCUCUCUAAACCCGAUGAACCAAAGGGACCCAUCAGGAUUGAUGAGAUUGAUGCCACCACCGUCACCUGCAGCUGGGAUCCUCCAGCUAGAGAUGGCGGAGCUCCCAUCAGUGGCUACGCGGUGGAACAGCGUGAUGCUCACAGACCCGGCUGGGUGCCCGUCUGCGAAUCGGUUAGCCGACCCACCUACAAGUUUGAGAAGCUGAAUGAGGGAGAUGAGUAUGUCUUCCGUGCUGCUGCCAUUAAUCGCUAUGGCACUGGAGAAUACCUUCAAACUGAGAUCAUCACCUGCAAGAGCUUGACGAAUGUACCUGGACCUGCUGGCCGUCCAACCAUCUUUGAUGUUUCUCGUGAUGGCAUGACCGUGGCCUGGAACCCGCCAGAUGAGGACGGCGGCUUGGAGGUUUCUGGAUACAUCAUCGAGCGCAAAGAAGUCAGGUCUGACAGAUGGGUGCGUGCCAACAAGAAUCCCAUCACCAUGACCAGAUACAGGUCGACGGAGCUUAUUGAGGGCCUGGAGUAUGAACACAGAAUCACUGCCAUCAAUGCCAGAGGACUUAGUAAACCAAGUCUGCUAUCCAAACCAGCAGUGGCAACAGAUCCCAUCGAUCCACCUGGCUGUCCUCAGAACCCAAGGAUCACCGAUACCACCAAAUCCUCUGUGUCGCUGGCUUGGAGUCCUCCCGACGAUGAGGGAGAUGCAAGGGUGGAUGGCUACCUGAUUGAGAUGCAGAAAGUGGGAACCAUGCCUUGGAUUAAGUGCAACACCACACCAUCUUUAAUCUGCGAGUACACACUGACCAAAAUGCCACAAGGAGAGGAGUUCAAGUUCCGUGUGAUGGCCUGCAAUGCCGGCGGCUCCGGAGAGCCUGCUGAAGUCCCUGGAACUGUGGCAGUGACUGAGAUGCUUGAAUCUCCUGACUAUGAACUUGAGCUGAAAUACAAAGACCUGUACGUCGUACGCCAUGGAGGCGUGGUUAGACUCUCCGUGCCCAUCAAGGGUAAACCUCAUCCAACCUGCAAGUGGUCCAAGGAUAGCGGCACAGUCUCUACCAAUGCCAUGAUUGCCUCCACGGAGGACACCAGUGAGUUAGUGAUCAAGGGAGCCGAAAGGAGUGAUUCUGGAGUGUACGACCUCCUGCUGGAGAAUAGCGUUGGCAAGAAGAAGGCCCAAAUCAAGGUGAAGGUUAUCGGCCGCCCAUGUGCUCCGGAGGGACCAAUGGUCUUUGAGGAAAUUCAGGCCAACUCUGUCAAGGUUUCUUGGAAGACGCCCACGGAUGACGGUGGAUCAGAGAUCCUAGGUUACAUCGUAGAAAGACGUGAGGUUGCCAGAAAUGCCUGGUACACUGUGGACUCCAGAGUGACUGACACUCAGCUGGCUGUCAAGGGCCUGAAGGAGGGCACAGAGUACCACUUCAAGGUCACAGCUGAAAACACCUUCGGCAUCAGCGCCUCUCUGAAGUCAGAACAGCCACUGGUACCCAAGACUCCCAUCUAUUCCCCUGAGCCUUCAAGUACCCCACCAGAGAUCAUGGACGUCACCAAGAGCUCGGUGGCCUUGGCCUGGUCCAAACCAAAGGACGACGGUGGUUCUACCAUCACUGGCUACUUUGUUGAGUACAAGGUGGUGUCCGCUGAAACGUGGUCCCGACACCAGACCAAGAUCACCUCCACCAUGUUUACUCUGCCUGGACUCAGCCCUGACGCAGAUUACCAGUUCCGCAUUGUUGCUGUCAACGACAUCGGCGAGAGCGAGGCUGGUCCUGUGGCUGACCCGGUCACAUGCAAGGAUCCAUUCGACAAGCCAAGUCAACCAGGCGAGAUCGACACAGUGAAUGUAACAAAGAACUUCGUCACUAUCCGCUGGCAAGCACCAGAGUGCGAUGGAGGAAAGGAGGUCUUAGGCUACUGGGUGGAGUACAGGAAGUCCAUUGAGAGCACCUGGAAGAAGUCCAACAAGCAGAGACUGAAGGAAAAGGAGUUCACCAUGCCUGGACUGGCUGAGGCCACAGAGUACGAGUUCAGAGUGUUUGCUGAGAACGAGACCGGAAUGAGUAGACCUCGGAGAACUGCCACAUGCAUCAAGACCAAACUAAGUGUUGAAACUAAACCAGGCCUAAGAAAGGAAAUGGAUGAAGUAACUGCCAAGCUUGGCCAGCCUGGUAUCAUGAAGUGCCAGAUUAUUGGCAGACCUCUACCUGACAUCAAGUGGUAUCAUGCCAGCAAGGAGAUUAUUGAGUCCCGCAAGUAUGAGAUGAGCUCUGAUGGCCGCAACCACUCGCUGUCUAUUAUGACGGAUCAGCAGGAGGACGAGGGAGAGUACACCUGCAAGGCAGUCAACGACGCCGGAGAAGCCGAGACCAAAGGCGUUCUGGUGUUGGAGGCUCCUGCAUCCUUCCACCCCGAUUACCCGCUGAAGGAAACCUACUACGCUGGCCUGGGAUCUACUCUGCGCAUCCAUGUCGUCUACAUUGGCCGUCCUGAGCCAAAGAUCAUGUGGCUCCAUGGAGCAAAGACCCUGGAGAACACAGAGGACACCAGCAUUGAGACCACCGAGCACUACACACACCUGGUGAUCAAGAACGUGCAGCGGAGAGUUCAUGGAGGCAAAUACAGGAUCCGACUGCACAACCACUUUGGCAGGGCUGACACCGCAUUCAAUGUCGAGAUUUACGACAAACCCGAGAUCCCUCAGGGUCCCAUUGUGCUGGAUGCUCUCCUGAAGAACUCCGUCAUAAUCAGCUGGAAGGCUCCCAAGGAUGACGGCGGUUGCAUGAUUACCAACUACAUCGUGGAGAAACGUGAGGACAAGGAGGGCACCGAGUGGGAACUGGUGUCGUCAUCCAUAAAUGGCAUCUCCUGCCGCGUGCCCAACCUCGUUGACAGUGCCGGAUACUUCUUCCGCGUGUACGCCCAGAAUCGCUUUGGCAACAGUGAGCCACUGGAACUCGCAUCCCCCAUCCUGAUCAAGAGCCAGAUGCAGAAACCAUCACCACCUCUGUCACCAGCUGUUUCCGGAGUCACCAAGGACUCCUGCGUGGUUUCCUGGAAGCCUCCACUCAGCGAUGGUGGCUCCAAGAUCAAGAGUUAUAGCCUUGAGAAGAAGCACAAGAAGGACAAGAAGGAAUGGAGCGAUUGGAUUCUGGCAACCAUAGACGAGAUCAAACAGACAGUGUUCUCCAUCAAGCAUCUGAACGAGGGCGUCGAGUGCAUCUUCCGUGUGAAGUGCGAGAACCUUGGAGGAGAGAGUGACUACAGCGAGGAGACCGCUCCCAUCAUUCCAACCACAGCCGUUGAUAUUCGUGCACCUGCUUUCAAGGAAGAGCUGAGGAACAUGAGCGUCAAGUACAAGAGCAACGCUACCCUUGUCUGCAAGAUCACAGGGCAACCCAAGCCUGUGAUUAAAUGGUUCAGACGAGGAAAGGAGAUCCACUCAGAUGGCAAAAAGAUUAAGAUACAGGAGUUUAAGGGAGGUUACCACCAGCUGGUCAUCGUCGAGGCUGAUGAGGAAGACUCCACUGUGUACCAGAUCAGGGCCACCAAUCAAGGAGGCUCCAUCUGUGCUACAGUCUCUCUGGAUGUGGAAAUCCCUGCCAAGAUUAACCUGCCAAAGAACCUGAAGGACAAGGAAGCCAUCCCCGCCCUGCGUGGAGAGAUGGUCAAUAUCAAGAUUCCUUUCUGCGGCAAACCAGAUCCUGUCAUCACAUGGCAGAAGGGACAAGAUCUUAUCGACAGCAAUGGCCACUACCAGGUCAUCGUCACCCGAUCAUUUACUUCUUUGGUAUUCACCAACGGAGUCGAUAAGAAAGAUGCUGGUUUCUACAUCGUCUGUGCCAAGAACAGAUUCGGCAUUGACCAGCAGACAGUUGAGCUGUAUGUCGCCGACGUUCCUGAUCUUCCACGUGGUCUCAAAGCCAGUGACGUCUCCAGAGACACCGUCACACUGAACUGGGUGGUCCCGGCGAACGACGGAGGCAGCAGGGUUGUUAGCUACAUCAUUGAGAAAUGCCCCACCACUGCUGAGAGGUGGGAGCGUGUUGCCCAGUCCCGCGACACCCGCUACACCGUUACCAAUCUUUUUGGAGGAACCAGCUAUCAGUUCAGAAUCAUUGCUGAGAACAAAUUUGGGCAGAGUGCUCCAUCUGAGACCAGCGGACCUGUCAUGACCAAGGAGGACAAAUCCAGAGUUCUGCUCUACGACAGAGAGGUUGACGACAGUGGACGUGUCCCCAAGGGCAAGGUUAACUCUGAUGCCAAGAACAUGCACAACAAAUAUGCCAUUGCAGAGGAAUUGGGCCGAGGUCAGUUUGGCAUUGUCCACCGCUGUGUUAACAUCAGCUCUGAGAGGACCUGCAUGGCUAAAUUCUUCAAGGUGAGAGGCGCCGAUCAAGCAAUCGUCAAGAAAGAAAUUGCAACAUUGAAUCUGGCCAAACAUACCAACUACCUUCUCCUCCACGAGUCUUUCGAAAGCCCUGAGGAGCUGGUGAUGAUCUAUGACUUUAUCUCUGGCGUUGACAUUUUUGAGCGCCUGAACACAACUGAGUUUGAACUGAAUGAGCGGGAGAUUGUCAACUACAUCAGGCAGAUCUGCUCAGCUCUUGACUUCCUACACGCUGAGAGCUAUGGACACUUUGAUAUCAGACCAGAGAACAUUGUGUACACAACUAGAACCAGCUCUAAUGUGAAGAUUAUUGAGUUGGGCCAGUCCAGACACCUGACUCCUGGAGAACAAAUCAAGAUCCAGUAUACCACUGCAGAGUACGCUGCUCCUGAGAUGCACCAGUGUGACAUGAUCAGCAGUGUCACUGACAUGUGGGCGGUUGGCGUCCUUGCAUAUGUGCUUCUCAGUGGACUCAAUCCAUUCACAGCUGAGACCAACCAACAGAUGAUUGACAACAUCUCAAAUGCAGCUUACAGCUACGAUGACGAGUCCUUCAAGCAGGUUAGUGUCGAGGCAUUAGACUUCACCGACCGUCUGAUGACGAAGGAACGUAAGCAUCGUAUGAAUGCUGCUGAGGCUCUGGCUCACCCCUGGCUGACCAAGCCCACAGAGGAGAUCGGCACAAGAGCGAUCCAAACAGGAAGGCACAAGAGAUACUACCAGACAAUGGUGAAGAAAGAGUGGAAGACUGUCGUCUCUGCAGCUCGUGUGGCCAGCGGGGGCUCCAUCAGAUCCCAGCGUGGUGUCUUUAUCGCCAAGGUGAAGAUUGCUCCGUUUGAACACGGGCCUGUUGGAGGCCAGAUUGGCCAUGCAGUGGCGAACGAAGGAGACAAUGUGAAAUUCACCUGUACCAUUGACAACUAUGAUAGCACGACUGAAGUGACAUGGUACUGUGGCGUCAGGCAACUUGAAGCUGGUGAAAAAUGUGAAAUUGAGUAUGAAGAUGGCCUGGCUGUAAUCACCAUCAACAAGGUCACAAGAGCAGAUGAUGGCACCUACAGAUGCAAGGUUGUGAAUGAGUAUGGUGAGGACAGUGCCUACGCAGAGUUGUUCGUCAGCGGUGUUAGAUCUUACCGUGACUAUUUCACCACCCGUGUGGUCAAGAGAACAAAGCGCAGAGUCGACACUGCCAGGAUGCUGCAGAAGCCACCGGAGUUCACCCUUCCUCUGGUCAACCGCACGGCCUACAUUGGUGAGGAUUUGCGCUUCGGCGUAACCAUCACUGUUCACCCCGAGCCUCGCGUCAUCUGGCACAAAUCCGGACAGAAGCUCGUCCCUGGAGAAGAUGAAAAGAAAUACACCUUCAUCACCGACAAGGGUCUGUACCAGAUGAUUAUCCACAAACUUGAUAAAGAGGAUGAUGCAGAGUACAGCGUUGUGGCCCGUAACAGGUAUGGGGACGACAGCUGCAAGGCCCGUCUUACCGUUGUUCCUCGACCUAAACCAGCAGACCUCACCCUGAGGCCCAUGUUCAAACGCCUGCUCGCAAAUGUAGAAUGCAGGGAGGGCCAGAAUGUGCGCUUUGAGAUUAGAGUAUCGGGCCAUCCCGUUCUGAAGUGGGAGAAGGAUGGCAUGCCUUUGGCCUUUGGACCAUCUAUUGAGGUUGUACAUGAGGGUCUGGAUUACUUCAUCCUUCACGUCAGAGACACUCUCCCUGAUGACUCUGGUGUGUACAGAGUUACUGCUACCAACUCUGCUGGAUCUGCCAGUUGCCAGGCUACGCUCAAAGUGGAACGCGUCACUCAUGUAAAGAAGGAAUAUGAACCCAGUGAAAAGGAGAAGAAAUUGAUGGCUGGAAAAAAGUUAUUAGAAAAGAAGGUUAGGCUGUCUCAGAUUUUGUCUGACACCGUCUAUAUACCUUUACCACCUGUAGCAGUUCAGGCUGUCAGGGAGGCAGCCACGAUGUUCAAACCUGCUGUGACGACUAAGAAGGGUGAGAAGACUGAAGCUGAGAUGAAGAAAGAAAAGGAGGAGAGGAAGAAGCGGGCAGAUGAGAAGAGGCUGCGUAUGCCCUAUGACGUCCCCCCUCCUCGUGUCAUUAACCCAUCUGUUCUUGAGGAGGACAUGGAAAUAAAACACUUCCAGCCACUCUCUGACAUGAAAUGGUACAAGACGCUGCGGGAUCAGUACGAGUUCCCUGAGCCCAUGGAUAAAAUCAAGCAGAAGAGGAUGAAGCGAAUCCGCCUCUGCAGGUGGGAGCAGUUCUAUGAGGUGCCCAUCAGGAUUAAGGACCAGUAUAAGCCUAAAUGGCGCAUCUCGUCCAUGACUCAGGAUGACUUGGAGACUGUGAGGCCUGCAAGGCAUCGCACUCCUUCCCCCGAGAUGGAGGCCUACCGCAGGAUCAGGAGAAGGUCCCUGGGUGACCUGACGGACGAGGAGCUACUGCUGCCUGUGAAUGAGUACCUGGCCAUGAAGAGAAUUGAGGAGGAAAGGCUUCGUCUGGAGGAAGAGCUGGAACUCGGUUACUCUGCUUCCCCACGUAGCUUCAGCCCAGUUCGGUUUGAGCUGUCCACCCUGCGUCCUUCAUCUCUAAGAAAAGUCCACAGUGAUGACGAAGAGGGAGAAGAAAUCUGCAAAUAUGACUCCUACCGAAUUCCAUCUAAAUAUGAGGCCGGCCCAAGUUUUGUUGACCUCCGCCAGCGUCACGACAAAGCCACGUACAAAGCUCCAAGACAGAAGCAGAGGGUGCAUGAAGAGAGGGAGGAUCAGGAGCUGCUGCGCCCACACACCACUGUUCAGAGGAUGUCUGCUUACAAGAGUGAACUCAAGCGCAUGGACUUUGAGGAGAAGACUCGGGCCUUCAAAAGGGAAUCAACUCACACUGUUGCAACAUUCUCUCAAGAAAUUGAUUCUGAGCACCUGACAACUUUUACCUCAGAAUAUGUUCCUAAGCCAAUCAAGAAGCUCCAAAUGCCUGAAGUCACGAGGAGAUCUCCUACCCUAGAACGGGUUGCUGAAGUGACCCUUCCUAGAGUUGACUAUGCUUCCAGGUAUGAAGAGAGAAAGCAGGCUCUGAGAUCAGAGAGAAGAUCAAUGGAGAGGACGUGCGAGGUGGUAACACAGGCUCCUUUCAGCCUUGACCACGCCCCACGUAUUACCAUCAGGAUGCGAUCUCAUCGCAUAGCCUAUGGGUCCAACACGAGGUUCACCCUGAAUGUCCAGACCAAACCAAAUCCUGAGGUCCAGUGGUUCCACAAUGGAAAAGAGAUUCAUCAGACAAGCAAAUAUCACAUGAGCAACAUCAGUGGGGUUCUGACUCUCAAGAUCAUCAACUGUGUGACAGAAGAUGCCGGCACGUACCGCGUGGCCUGCGCCAACGCCAAAGGAGAGACGAGCGACUAUGCUACGUUGGAUGUAGCAGGAGAAGAAUACGCUGCCUUCUCUUCAUCCCACGAAGACGAGGAGCCUCCAUCCGCCUAUCUGCCCGAAAUGACCAGAACAGAGGUGUAUCACGUCUCCUCCUUCUCCUCCUCUACAACAACAGUCAGUGAGAGUGUGACUGAAACUGUGAAAAAGACCACCACUGUUGUGGAGAAGCCAAAGGAGAAGCCUGGUGUUCCUGCCAAGAUCCUGACCAAACCUCAGUCCCUGACUGUAGAGGAGGGAAGCCUCGCCAGGUUUGCGUGUGAAGUGGAUGGUGAGCCAGCACCUUCUAUGAACUGGCUGCGUGAAGGAACAGUUAUUGGUUCCUCUGCCCGUCACCACAUUAGCUCGACUCAGUUCAGCUCCUCUUUCGAGAUCUCAGCUGUUGAGACGUCAGAUGAAGGAAGCUACACUCUGCUGGUGGAAAAUGCCGGAGGCAAACAAGAGGCCCAUUUCACUCUGGCCAUUCGCAAGACUGAGGCCAAGGAGGAAGUAGUCACCCCAACCAGAAUCACCUCCCCAGAGGCCAAAUCCCCUCUUGCCAAAUCCCCUGAACCCGUCAAAACUCCUCAGAGAGUCAAGUCCCCUGAACCGAUCAAGUCACCUGAGAGAAUGAAGUCUCCAGUCUCACCAAAGUCCCCAACCUCACCAAAGUCCCCAACUCCAAAGUCCCCAACUCCAAAGUCCCCAACUCCAAAGUCCCCAACUCCCAAAUCCACAACUCAAUCCGAGAAGGAAUGGGGCUCUUCUCCAAUCAAGUCACCAAAGAGAGUGAUGUCACCAACUCUUGAAAAGAAGCCGUCCUUCUCUGACUCAAUGGAAAUGGCCCACGAUGAGGUCCUGUCCUCUGUUAAGGAGGUCACUUCCUCCCACAGCCAGAUGUCCACCACGGAGGGACAGUCUCUGACGCUGAGAGCCAACAUCUCCGGAGCCUCCGACAUCAGGUGGAUCCUAAACGGGGUGGAACUGGCCAACUCGGACCAGUACAGAUUCGGGGUGUCAGGAAGCGAGCAGACCCUGACCAUCAGGUCGGUCAGCCAGCGUGAACAGGGGGUCGUCACUUGUCAGGCUCAAACGAAGCGAGGCCUGGUCCGGUGUCAGUUCGACAACGCGGUCACGGCAGAGCGCUCGGACGCGCCCCACUUCCUGGUGCAGCCCAGGUCCCAGAAUGUGAACGAGGGACAGAAUGUCAAAUUCACAUGUGAGCUCACAGGAGAGCCGACCCCUGAAGUGGAGUGGUUGAAAGACAACGUGAUCAUAUCCGUCACAUCCAACGUGAGAUUGAGCCGCUCCGGCACUCUGUACACUCUGGAGAUUUGUGAAGCCACCAUUGAAGAUAGUGGGAAAUACACGAUAAAAGCCCAAAAUCAGUUUGGACAGUGCUCCGCAACCUCCUCCCUCAACGUCAUCACUCUUGUUGAAGAACCAACACAAAUGAUUAUUGUGGAGCAAAGAGCUUCAACUGGCGCCAGCAUGCGGAAACAUGCGUCCGGCUCGUCGGCUCUCAUGGAGGCAUCUUCCACGCUCGGCUACAGCGGCGGCAGCAGCUCCGCUGCCGAGUACUCGUUUGAGAGCAUGUCCGCGGCGAGCAUGUCCGCCAUGACGGCUGAGUCGAUGCUCUCCAUGAGCUCCAGCAGCCACAUGAUGGAAAUGUCUGCACACUCGCAUGCGGAGUCCUCCUCCUCCUCCUCCUCCUCCUCGAUGAGGGCCCUCACAGCCGGGGGGAAACGAGGCGCCCCCCCGAAGAUCGAAGCUCUCCCGCAGACCGUGAGCGCCGAGGCCGGGAAGCCCCUCUCCGUGGCGGGCGUGUUCUCCGGAGAGCCCGCCCCCUGCGCCGAGUGGCUCCGCUCCGGUCGGCCCCUCCCCGGCGGGGACGAGCGGUGCCGCGUGGAGACCGCCGACACCCUCUCCACCCUGGUGAUCUCCGCGGUGAAGGAGGCCGACGGCGGCGCCUACACCCUGCGGCUGAGCAACGAGCUCGGCUCCGACUCCGCCACCUUCCACGUCCACGUCCGGGCCAUGUAAAGGGAAAAAAAGACGAAGAAGAAAAAAGAAGAAUUCAUUUAUUCCCCCGCUUCCAGAACCUUUUUAUUUAGAGAAUUAGAGAAAUAAUCGACAUAACAAAAUCAGGAUUUCUGUUCUUGUAAAUAUGAACUAUUUUUGUACCAAUCUUGACAUUAAUUUAUGCCAAACUAGACUCAAAGUCUAACGUUGUUAUAAAAUGUGCCAUAUUGGAUAACUAUGACUUAGGAUUUUUGAUCCAUUUUUCUGUGACAUGUACAUAAUGUAUAUAGCCGAAUUGAACGGUUAUGGGAAAUGUAUGCAUAGUUAUUUAUGACGAUAUGAACUGAAACUAAAAGAAACUACAUUCGACAGGAGAAAGUUCCCAUGAACGAAUACCCUGUCGAACGGAGCAACCAAACUUUGUGCCUCAACGCUAACGUUGAAGUCUAACGACGUCGGCGGGUAGAGAGGCUCCCCGCCGACGUCACGUAACCAAGACGACCGUCUUGUUAGGGUUCGAUAUUUAAAAGUUUUUCAAAACGAGCCGGAAGGCCCCGCGCGCUGUUCGCUUCAACCCUCGGCGAGCAGCGCGCGCGGCCUUGAGCUCAGACCGACUGCGUCUGACGCUGAGAUGCGCGCGGCCUGCACUCUCAGCGUUUUUUUUAAAAGUCGUUUUUAUUUAAAGAGCGCCGUUUCUGCUCCGGACGGCCGGCUCGGCUGCCGUACAUUUAGAGACGUCUGGUGAUUUAAAGACCGGAAGCCGCCGGCUCUGCGGCACAUGCGCGGCGCCGUCUCUCGGAGGAUCGCUAGCUAGCUAACGUGUGUUCAGAGUGGUGUGUUUGUAGCUUUUAAUCGUUUCUCCUCUUCCUCCUCCUCCUCGACUCCAUCUCCUGUGAGACGCGAGCAACGAGGCCCUUUUGAGUGAACUAUAUUUCAUCCUCCUUGAGUUGUCUGCAUUUCUGAUUGAAUAAAGCAUGAUUACAGCACUACU